ACUUCCUGUGUAUUUAUCGUAUUGUUGGAAUCCGUUGUGAUUGUUUUAGUGACCUGUGUUACGUCUACUAUUAGACAUUUAUUACUUGAUGGUUUACAUUCAAUCGGUUUGCAUGAGGUCCCUCGCAGUUCAAGAUAUGUAAGUGCUUAAUUUUGUUUGUGUUGAAACAAAUAAGCCUAUUGUUUAAAUUAGCAUAUUUAGUUUCAGGGGCUAGGCCUAGGGCCUAGGGCUAGGGCCUACGUUGAACAUGUCUGCUAAAAAAUAAACUUUCUGAAUACAAUAUUAUAUGUUAAAAUAACAUAAAAGUAAGAAUGUAAUACGAGAAGUAGAGCUGAAUCGAUGUGACUGAGUUAAUAGGAGUGAGAUAGUUAAUAUUAAAAUUAACUAAGAAUGAGCCCACCAUCGCAUUAAAAUGUAACAACAUCCAACCUUGGCCUUGGUCUGAUUCUCAUUCUGAUUGAUUGGUCUUGCAUGAGUUAAUCAGUCAAAAUUAAUAAAAGUAAAAGCCAAAGGUUACUUAGGUUACUACUACUAACAACUAAACUAGUCUUCUUAAUAAGUUAGUAAUUAAGUAAUAAGUUAAUUUUUGGCUUGCCUGGAGUCUGAAGCAUCAGAAAUGUCUGAGGUAGUCACAUUCUCAUUAUCCAGUGUGCAGUUCAGGUGUAUAACUUAUUAUAUGACUUAUUUAUUUCUUAACGAAAUUCAUAUUUUCCCAUUUGAAUUUAACACAUGUAAAUUCUUUAACUACUUCAGCAUCGGUUAUUAAAAAAUUGUGUGUUGUUCUGGUUUGAAGUUGAAGUUCUAUUUAAAGGGUUAUUGAAAGUUAUUUGUUUAUUGAUUAGAUAAAAUUCUGUUAUUGAUCCAAAUAAAUGGAAAUUUGUUUUAUGAUAUUGUGCAUAUGCAUUUCAGCACAUUUAUAAAAUAAUACAAGACAAACUUUUUAAAAUAAAAAAUGUAAAAUAUUUAAUAAUUUUUAAAAUUGAAAAAUUUAAACAAUUCAAAUUCAAUGUAUGGAAAUAUAACACAGUUUGAGUUUAUAUAAUCUCCACUUAAACAAUUGCAGAACAUGAACUCAUGCAAAAAUGAAGGGAAAAGGCCGCGGCUUGUGCCAAAAUGUACUUUCAGUUUACAUUUUGCGUGCUUCCACAUAUUUUCAACAUUCUUCUUCUAUAUAUUUAGUAUUGAUCAUUCUGGCUCCUGUAGGCCCGAAAAAAUUGUUCCACAUAGUCUUGUCAAGAAAUUACAAUACAAGAUUGAGUUUGUUAUGAGUAAAAAUUUUCAGCUUCUAAACAGUCAAAGAAACUUUCAGAUCAAAAAAUAUCCAACACCACUAUCAUUUGGAUGGACAAAAUUUUAUUGAUCGAUCAUAACGGAGUGGUCGUAGAUUCCCUGUCUGAUCAGGUUUAUCUUUGAAUAAGCCACCCAUCCGAGAAAAGGGUGACCACUCUGACUCUCUCUUUCUAUGCCUCUAAAAACUCAGUGGCCCUCUCCACACUGUCCUAUUAAUAGACAUUGAUAAAAUAACCUGUUAAAUAGCACUUCAAAUGGGAACAACAAAAUAUUUAAAAAACCAACACUGAAGUGGUAAAUUACCCAAUUAACUCCAGUUUUUUUGUGAACAUGCCUUCAAUUUGAACAUUUCAUUUAGCAUACCAACUUAUAGGUGAAAAAAUCUGGCAUAUAGUGUGAAAAAAAAAUGGGCAGAUCCUUUACUAGCUAUGUACCAAUGAUGGAUGUUCAACGCCAAUUAAGAAUUAAAAGGAAAAGUUUGCGCUGUAAAAUGUUUUUUUUAGAUCAUUGGAGUUAAUUUAAUAAAGAAUACACAUUAUUUUACAGGGGAAAAUGCAAAAUUCAUUAAGAAAUAAUAUUGAGGUAUUUGCACACAAUCUUUAAAUUGAAAUCUUCGCAUCAGCUUAAAGAAAUUAUUAGAUAGAUUAUGUCACACACACAAAAAUGGUGGAUUAAAGUUAUCACUAAACUAUGUAAAUACCAAACUUUUUUAUAUAUCGCCUUUUUAUGGACCAAUUGAAUUUCAGGAUAAUGAUUGUAGAAUUUUUGCAUGUUAAUUUUCAUAUGGUAACAGCAAAUACUCAUCCCCAUAUACACCCAUCUAAAUCAACCAUUCCCCCUCACUGCAUAGGAAGUAUUGGAUGGCCUCUAACUGCAAUAAAUUUAUAUAAAAUAAUUGAAGAAACAGGUAACAAACUUUAAAUGAAGGUGAGACCUAAUUAUUAUUCAGAUUGUUUAAGACAAUAUUCAAUGAAUAUGCUAACAGAUUUUUUUGUUUUUUGACUGGCAUAAAUUUAAAUUCAGUCUUAAAAUCCAAUGCAUGAAAAAUAGAAGAGCUAUUUUGAAAAUUAUUUUGCAUAAUUUCAAUGCAGAUGUUAGAUCCCAUGACUGGAUUGAUUUUAAAGAUAUAGUAGCUUCUUUUUUUUAAAACAAAUACAAUUUUUGAAAGGAACAUUUAUGGAAUGCAAAUGCUUAGAUUAACAAUAAUCAUCUUUCAUAAUUAACAAAAAGUAUAUUUGACAUAAAAAGAAACCCAAUAUUCAACAAAUAAAAAACACAAAUUUCCCUCUUCCCUAUAAAAUCAAAGUAUUUAUACAAGCCAUUGCUUUUCAUUUAUUGAAUAAAUGAUGCAAACAUGCUUCCAUAUAUGCUGUAUUUGUUUCCCCCACAUGUAGAAGAUUUGUAUUAACUUAGCAGUGUUCACUUUAAAGUUCAUCCCAACUUAAAAGCAGUUGUUUCCUGGAAAUUACUUGAGAUUGAUCAUUUAAUAUUAAAUUGUAAUGUAGAUAACAUUUUUGGUAAAAGUUUGUAAACAAUUUUUUACAAAAAUAUUCUACCAUGGCUUAGUAACAUACAUUUUCUUAAUGUUGAGCCUUUUCAAUGUUUUCUUUGCUUUUAACCAAUUAAUGGUUAUGGUUUUAGGGUCUGGCAGGUGCCAGUGUAAUAUAUUUUAAAUGUUAACUAGAUGUGCUUGCUUGGAACUAAAUUUUGGGUGAAAUUGAAUGAGUCCUCUUAGCUACCUUAAUUGGAUGUGUCUUAUUGAAAUGGAUUUUUAACAGUAAAUAGCAUGAUAUUAUAAACUUAAUUAAUUUUUAAAAAUUAGAUUCUGUUUUAUAUUCUAAUGUCACAACACACAUUUUUAAUUGAAUUAAGGUGCCACCUCUGAGGUUAAGACUUAACAAUAUUUAAACUUAUUUAAUCAAAAUACCAGAGAUUCAACUAACAAUUAUUCUUUUGCUAUGUUUGAUUGAGGACCAAUUCAAAAUUUGUGUCAUUUUCUUUCUUCAAGAUUUUCAUGUAAAGUGACCACUAGAUGUAUGUAAAUGUUUGCUUUUUGUCAAAAAUUAUAUUACAAUGUCACAGAUUAAAAAAAAAAAAAGUUUCUCUUCUUUGAGCCCUUGCUGAAUUACAUCAUGAUGAAUGCUUUUCAUUUAUUUAAAUUUUAAUUACACUUCCAAGAACCACAAUUGCUAAAUUGACUUCCUCAUCCUUUCUCUGAACAAUACCAUACAAAAUGAGGGCGGGGGAAAUUCCAUGUGAUUCAAUAUUUAAUAGUUCUAAACAGUUGAUGCUCAAAUCCUGUCCUUAAGUUUGCCUUGAAGUGAAAAUUUUUUGUUUCAAAAAAAGGUGAUUUUCAAAGGUAUGCUAAAAAUUCCACAUUCUUCUCUUUUGACGAUUCAUUCGAUUUUGUCUCUUCAGACACCUUGGGCUCAAUUUUUCCUGCUUUACAGUUUGAAAAUGACGUAAAAUGCUACGUGAAUAUGUCGUGCCUCACUGUAUAUGUUGUUAUAUUUACUAUACUGGCUUAUUAUUACUAUGAUGAUGAUGCUAGAUAACAAUACAGUUUUUUUUUGUUUUGUUAAAGUAAAGCGGUUACACACCCAGGGUUGCAAAAUGUACGGACAUCCUGGAAAAUCGGACUUUAAAGUGAUCUGCUGUAAAGUUGGUAAGAACUAACCAUGCAGAAUCACCUACAAGAUUAUGCGCCGCAUAACAUAUUUCUAUACUUAAUAUAUAUAGCCAUACGCCAGGGCUAUUUGAAUUGUUUUGAUUUUGAACGCCACAUUUUGGACUCAUUGAUACAAAAACACGUGUCCGUAGAAAUAGUGUUCUUUCGUCAGGAUUUUAACAUUUAAGGCCAUAGACGCCAUUGUCGGUCAAAAGAAAAAAACAAAUGAUUUGGCAACCGCACAAGCGCACAAACUGGCGGUGGGCAACCUCAAGGUAGGUCAUUUCGGAAAAUAAUUACAAACUAAAGAAAAUAUCAAUGUUCAUGUGAGUAACAGUUAAUAGUGAUUAAACAAGUGAAAUAUUAUUAUGUGUUUAACAAAAGUGCAAAAUGCAAAACGAAAGAAGAACGUGGUACUCUGGUUGUGUGUUCAGUACAAUAAACAAAGUGACCGCCUCCCCCCUCCCUCAUAACCUCUUACAACAAACACACACUGGGCAUAAUUCAGGUCACCCUUAGUCCAGAGAAUUCCGAUCAGUCAACACGUUCGUUAAACACUGUCCACAAAUAAGAUAAGACAUAGACCAUACCAAGACAGUUUCGCGACAUUCCUAUCCACGAGUUAGAGGUUUCCAUCUACACCACAGACCUGCUAUUGCCAAUUACAUUCACGUCCGUUUCACAGAACAGUUGGUUAUUGACGUGUGUUCGUUUUUGUGUGUGUGCUGAUGAUGAGUUAGAAGUAAUCGUCCAUGUUUAGGUCGUUGUAGCAUAUGCGUUUUGACGGAUAUUGUGGAGGAUUAACUUUGUUGGAGAUCCUGAAUCCAUCACAGCACUGCAAUAUAAAGCCACGCUAAGCUUGUUUCAUUGAAUGGAAAAUAAGUAAAUGAUAACAUGACGUAAAAUAACCAUUUGUGCCUAAAAGGGUUCAACUCCACACCCACUCCAUGUAGAUGGACAAAUAGGUCACGGUAAAUAAAGGAUGCGGAUGUGAACGAUUAAACUCUGAGAUCAUCGGUACUUAGUAUGUACGUCGGUUGUCAUUGUGCUAUUGGGGAUUACAUCAUCGAGUUGUAUUUAAUUCCUACAGUGACAAUAUUUACAGUCCAGUCAAGAGACUGGCCAGCAGUACUGCUUCAGGGCACGACUGUGUUUACUAUCUUGCCAACAGGUGUCUACAUUUGAAUAUUCAGGGGCGUAACAACCUGUUGGAGUAGGGCACCAAGUUUGUCCCAGCAUUUUCUAGAAACCCGUUUUCCCCUGGCUGUAGCAAUAAUAAAUAAAUUAUAUAAGCUGGACAGAGUCGUCAAUAGUGCUUCCGAUGACAUCAUACACCAACUCAUGUACAGUGAAACUUGACGCAAACCCCUGGGGCCGAACCAAAAGUUGGUCUUAUUUGUAGGGAUGGUGCUGUCAGCGGGUUCAGUCGACGUUAAAAUACCAUUCCAUGACGGAUUGAGUCACCGCCUAUGUAGUUGAUGCAUAUUUCAAAGCUAUUUAUUUUGAGGCUUCACUGUGCAUGGCAUGUCCUACUCCACGUGAGCAUCGGAUUAUUUCUUCAAAGCUACUCACAGAUGAACACGGGAAACUUUUUGGCUUCAGUAAUGAGUUUAUAUCUCCGGUUGGCAGUUAAUAUUAUAGCGACAAUAUUAUUGACUAUUGACCAUUAAUCUCGCCUCCAUGUUAAAGUUUUAUGCCAUUAAAUAUACCUUUGUCUCGUGUCCACGGCCGUCGCGUGACUCAUGGAGGCCCACUGCCAAUUUUUCGGUUUUGUGCCCCCUGCAUCAAACAUAUCUUAUAGUUAAAUUUUGUUCUCCACAUCAUCACAACUUUGUGCCCCUUAAAUCUCCAAGGGCCAUCCUUCAGAAGCAGGGGUGGCGGGGCCCUGUUCAUGGUUUGGAUUAUUCCUUAUUACCAGAGUAAAGGUCUUUUUACAGUUUAAAAAAAAUAAUUUAUUAAUUCAAUUAUAGUGAUAUAUUUGGUCUACGUGAUUUUAGGAAUAUCUCCUCAGUAUUAAAAGACAACUGAAGUAUUUUAGUUCAACUUUUUAACAUUUAAUUUUAAUAACAUUUUCAGGAUUAAAAAAACAACAACAAUGCUGUCUAUAGAUAAUGUCUUACGUUCUUAACAGCUUCACCUCCCUCUUGUCUUUAAUCUACCAACGAAAAUGGAAGAAUUGGUAUAUACUAUAUGUUACAGUUACCGGUAAUUUGAAAAACCAUUCUACUACUAAAUGUGUCUGUCAUGGAUUUUUGAACAUCUCUCAGAUAGUAUGGCGUAAAUGCAUUAUUUAUUAAAAUAGUCAACGUGAAAAUACACACCCUUUAUUUAAAUAUUUAAUAAAAACCAGCUGCUGGGGCGUCCAACAUUCCAGCGUCUCGUUUUGGGGAUAUUUGAGAUGGGUGCACUUUUUGCUUUGUGGCGCACUCAGUAGGUCACCUAAAUGCAACAAGUCAUUUUACAGCUGCCAUGUGUGCCAGCGACCCGCACGCAAUCUUUGUUGCCAAGUUACAGGCUCGCUAUUCGUGAGAGGAUGGCUUGAUGGUUAAUUUAUUGUAUACAUGGACAGUGGUGAUCUUAUCGUACAAUAUCACAAGGUCGGGCUUAAUUGAGGAAACAUGGCGGUUCCCAGCAAUAUUCGUAUAAAUUUAUGAUGCUGUUACACCACAUGGUAACUGAACAAUUCAAUUUGUGUUUGUAAGAGUAUUUCACCUUUUUGGGGUUGGGGGGGGGGAUUACCAUCGAUCUUAUUUGCAUAUUUGAGCUAAGAUUUUCUAUUGAAAAUGGAUAUUAAGGCCAAGUGACAUAAUUUAGGACUGGGUUGUUACAUGCUAACGUUUUAGAGUGGUUAUCUCUGCUCCAGUAUUACACUUCUUUCACUGGAGCAAGAGCGAUCAAUACAUGUUUGCGAGACUCUUGAAAAAAAAUUUAAUCAGAGGGAAGAAACGCAGAAUAUUGUAGAAGGAACCCAUGUGUUGAACUUAUUAUAGAUCUUUGAUUGAAAGAGAGAAUGUGUAUUUGUGAAAGUGGAGAGAGGGAGAGUGCCCCCAGAAUCUCCUCCGCUCUCGAAAAUGAGAUUUUAGAUUCGGUCCACUGUGGAAGAAAAUAGUUGACAACUAGUCUUGGGAGUGGAAGCGAGGAGGCAGGCUAUGGCGGAAUCGAUAAGCAGUCUCCGCUGGUGUGGGAGUGUGUGAGGGAAAGAGAGCUAGUGUGUGAAAUCUCCCUUCUGCCAAUUCACUUUAUUUUCCCCUUAUACAUUUUGUUUUCUAUCCACUCGAAUCGGUUUCCCCCUUUCCUCGUUCAGAUAUGCGAACUUUUUUGCACAAAUUUAUUCCGAAGGCGCCAAGCUCACACCGUGGUUGCGUAAAUUUAAACAGCUCCCCGGUGCUUAAACAUUUUAGAUGAUGGAUCAUUUGAGGAAGAAAUCCAAGUUUGCGCUGAGCGACGCAGGGUGAGUGAUUCAGUGUUGACUGUCCUUUGUGUAACACUGGGGCCGAUCAGCAGGAAAUAGAGAUGGCGACGAGAUGCGACCACCGCCGUGCUGCUGCUGCUUCUUCUACUUGUUGUUUCAACUUUCGCUUAUGGUGGGGGGUGUGUUGGCGGAGUGGGGGCGGCAAAGAUCCUCGCUGGCCGAGAAAAAAAAAGAGAUCUUGAAUUGUGACAUUAAGGAAUGUGUGAUUUGGCGGUUGAUAUUAACACGAACACAUUACAACAAACAGGGGUCUGACGUUUAGCGUUUGUUGUUGUCGUUUCCCUGAGCGUGUGGUGAAAUUGGACCGGUUUCAAGGUCAAUGCCUUGAUGAGACAUAAGACGGCUAGAGUUUGAACACUUAAAAUAUACGGAGAACGGGAUCAAAUGUGUACGACAUUUUGUGUCUUAAGCUGGUUUAAUUUACAUAGUAGGCUUAAUGCGUUGAUAAUCUAACCACGCUAUUUUUGUUUUGUCACGGCUCUACUCUAAAAUUUAGUUAAGGCACAGUUACAUGUGCUAACAGUUGUUUCCAAAGUGACCCCUUCUUCUCGGGGCCCUUCACACACACACACACACACACACACACAUAAUAUAUAUAUAUAUAUAUAUAUAUGUGUAUAUAUAUAUAUAUAUAUAUAUAUAUAUAUAUAUAUAUAUAUAUAUAUAUAUAUAUAUAUAUAUAUAUAUAUAUAUAUAUAUAUAUAUAUAUAUAUAUAUACACACACACACACAAACACACAUAAUAUAUAUAUAUAUAUAUAUAUAUAUAUAUAUAUAUAUAUAUAUAUAUAUAUAUAUAUAUAUAUAUAUAUAUAUAUAUAUAUAUAUAUAUAUAUAUAUAUAUAUAUAUAUAUAUAUAUCCAUCCAUAUAUAUAUACCUUCCUUGGCCAGCAGUCUGUCCAAAACAAAUGUAUUGUUCAAGCUAGACUUCCUGGAUUUGCAAACACAAAAUGCUGUACAGCCUGUGUUCUCUCUCUCCCCGUCUAGCGCCCCCUCCCCUUCCCCCCAAAAAUAAAAGAAAUAAAUAAAAACCAAAAACACAUUUUGGGUCAUAUUUGUGUAAUUUUGUAAUUAAAAAUGUAUUUUGAUACUGAGGAAAAAGCAUAGUAAUUAAAAUGAGAAUACUAUUAAUGAGCUUUUAAGUUCAUUCUAAACAAAUGACAGGGUGAAAUGGGAUUAGUUUCACAAUAAUUUCAUAAAAAAAGGAAUCCUGGUGGGCUGAAAAAUAACAGCUGUCUAGGAUAUACCUGUGCUCAGGGGAGAACAUACAUUUCUAGUUCUUUGUUAGGGUUAAGGUCUUAUCUUUUAUUUAGUUCUUGCUGUAAUAAGGUAAAGAAGCCCCAUUUGUCUAAGGUUGUUCUGUGUAUACUGGUUUAUUUCAAGUCAGGGUGCCUUAGUUUACCUCCACAUCCAAAUUUGCAAACAAUUUCAUAUUUUCAUCAUAUUUGACAAUGUUAUUUUCUUUUGCAUAACUGACUUACAAAAAGACAUCAAAUGAAAUGAAAAAAAAAAUAACAUUUAACAUUUGAGAAAGGCAAAAUAACAAAAGAGGUAAAGAUAAAUUAUUAUGCACCAAGUCAGAUGUACACAUAUAUACACAAGUUAUAAAAGAUUAUUAGCCCCUCUUUUGGCUGUGCCCCAUGCCCCCAAAAGCCCUGGGUGAAGGUACUGUAGUUCAGGUCAAUCUUUUAAAAAAAAUUAAAAAAUUAAAAGCUGCAUUCUUAAAUGGACGAUAACAAAUUUUUUUUAAUGGAAUGAAAAGCUUUACAAAGUUUGUUUCAUUUUCUCUUUUGGAUCUUUUAUUUUUGUCAAGAAAUGCCCUAUUAAAAAAUAAUAAAGCAGAUAUUUUAAAGCUCUUAAUCUCAAAAAAAGAUAAUCCAUAUCUUUAUUUAAUAAGGGUCAAGGGUCUAAAGAGAUGAUUGACAAUUUCAUACAUUGUUAACUCCUGAUCUGAAGGGGCAGUAAUAGCAAUAUGCCUAUAUUAUAGAAUUUAUCUGUCACAAAAUGAUGGCUUCUGAAAAUUUCACCGGGUGAAAUUCAAUUUUUUUUUUAUUUAUUGAAAAAUCUAGCCACCAGGCCAAACAUUUGAUAGAUAUGACUUUCAGUAAACCUCCUUAUUUCAAUAGUUGGGGGUGACUCUAUAUUUAAUAAUAAUUGUCCUGCUUUUAUAAGAAAGUUAGAAGGAAUCUAUAUGUAAUAAAUUGUUUUAAAAAAAAAAGAAUUAGGAAAAAUAAAGUUUUAAAUUCAGUGAUUAAGGGCGCAGUCAAUUUUUUGGGUGUGAAAUGAACCAAUUAGUUUUAAUCAGUUCCUUAUUUUAAUGAAGGCAGUCCUUGUGGUUGUCCUCACCUGAAAUCAAGCUGUUAACUCUGUGCAGUCCCAUUGUUUUUAUUUUUUAAUUUGUUUUUUAAGGUCAUCUUACAUAAUGGGAUACCAUAAAAAAGAGUAGCUAAUUACUACCCCUCAAGUUACAUAUAUAAUUGAGAAAUCAAUGGGGAUUCAUAUUUAAUAAAAUGUAAUUGAAAAUGAUUGUUUUUUUCUUUCAAUCAUGAUUGAAGUGUGAAGAUGAUUUACAUUUUAACAUUUUACACCACCAACAUAUUGUAAGAAGGAAUACAAACUAUAGAACAAAUAGUUCUAAAUUUAUUGCUGUUUAAUUCUGCUAUUUAAUAAACAAAAUUAAAAAAAGUUUUUACAAAUACAACUGUUAGUUUUUAAAAAAUAUUUUUUUUGUGUGAAACUGCGUAAAUAGUGUUUUUGCUGUUACAUUUAGACAAGUGUUUUAAUUAUGCAGAAUUAUUUAAAUGCAAAGUUUUAAACCUAUUUUUUAAUAUUUAAAGGUUCUUUUUAAUAAAAUACAUUUAAAUACAUUAUAGCAACUAAUUUGAAAUAUUUUGUUACUAAACUAUCAAAACUCUAACAAAAUUUAAAUAAACAGAAAAAUAACAACAAUAAAGCUAGAACUUACAUGACUAUAUUAGACCUAAACAAAUACAAAGUGUAAAGUCCUCUAAGUUUAGGGGAUGUUCUAACAAUAAACAUUUAUUUCAUUUAGGCGGAAAUUUUUAUCGAAUGUCAAACAUUUAAUUACCAUUACAGUUUGAUGCUCUUUCUUUUUGAAACAGUAGCACCACAGCAUGGAAUAAGGCUCAUGUACAUAAGUAAAGAAAAACAAAUGUAGAGGUCUGUAGGUGUUCUUUCUUUCCAGUUAGUGUAGAGGUACUUGUUUUUUUCUUCUCUCAUGUGGUUGGCAUAAGCAUUGGUGUAGUCAAAAAUUUUCAACAAGAUCUCCUGAUAAAAAAAUUGUUUGGAAAAAAUUUCUUGUUGAUGAUAAAUAGUUUAUUUGUAAAUUGCAGGUUAGCAUGACAUAAAAGCAGGAUUUUAUUGAUCUAACACAGAUAUAAGAAUAGUAUAACAGUUAUAAUUAUAAUAAUAUAAAUUAUUAUAUAAUGUUAGGAUAAGAAUAGUGACAUUUUUUGCAAACAUAUUUAUCAAGCAUAAAAUCUAAAUAAUAGGCCUAAGCCUAUAGCCUAUUCAUUAGUACUACAAUUAUAAUAUAAACUAUUUCUUAUCUGGAGUUUUUAGUUUUUGCAUCUCAUUUCUUGGUUGCCUGCCCUUUCAGAAUCCAGAAUAUUGAGACCAGGUUUUCAUUUAGGGAUACAUUUAUGUAUGGCCCUGGUCAACAUCUUCAUAUGUUAUUAAUUGUUAUUUAAGUCCAAGUGAAGUGGCAAUGUAUUAUCUGCACUGAUUAGAGGGAAAAAACAUAUUUUAAAGAUAAGGCUAUAUGAAAAAAAUGCCGAAUAACAUAUUUUAAAAAGAAUAAAUAAAUAUCGGCCAAAACGUCUACUCAUUAGAGUUAGGCAAAACACAAAAACAAUAACAACAUUGAAAACUAAAAUCAGCUGUUUGAUCAGCUGAUUAUGUAAACAAAAACUUUUAUUUUUAAAGCCAUAACAGGAUUUGAAAAUAAAAUUAUCAUUACAAAACUGUAAGAUGAUUACUAGGAUCCUAUUAUUAAAUAGCAUAAUAUAUUUUGUUGUUCAAAUUAUUUAGAAAUGUUCAUUUUAUUGGCCUAAUCAUGUGGAUACCUAGACUAUUGAAACUGUACUUGUGUAGUUAAAGAAACAUCCACAACUUCAACGGAUGUUGUUUCAAAUCCCGCUGUGUCCCUAUCAUCAGAAGAGUCACUUAGGGAUUCAACUAAGUAAAUUUCAUUGUUUAUCUAAGUCCAUUUUGGAUUUUAAAAUUAGUUUUUUUGAAGCAGCUAGCUUGAGUCGAAUAGUGACAAGAAAAUAAUUAGAUACGUAGCGUAAACUCUUCUCGGUCGCAUUCAUUUAAAAACAAAUUUUGUUUUAAAAAAUUUAUAAUUAUUUUUAAAAACUUAAUUUUAAAAAGAUAAACCCCUUUUACUAAAAUAGUAAUAAUUUUAUUUAACUAUAUAAAAAAUUAAUACCGGUAUAUUAUAUAUUUAUAUUUAAAAAAAAAAGUUAGCUCCUCACCUUUCCUACCAGGUGAAAAGGCUAGAUUUUACUAUAGUUGGAUCGUACAGAGUUAAGAAGGAAUAGAAGGGAGUUCACGAAUAAAGCAAACUAUAUAUUAAUUAAGUUGAUUGAAAUUACUGGUUUAAAAAAUGAAUAAUUUUUCUGGCACACACACAUGCAUUAAUUAAAAUUAAUAUGUUCUCAUUUUGGUAUAUUUUUUCUGAUUAAUGUUCACCUUUUAAUGAAACAUUCAAAACUUUUCCUGUUUUCUAAAUAAAAAUUCACAUCACCCUAUCAUUAAUAAUCUUUUGAAAUAAGGUUAUAAAUAGAAUACAGUUAAUACACUCCCAUUUAAGAACUCAGACACAUCAAUUUUAUUUGAUCCAAAAGAGAAGUUCUACAAUUUUAACCGCUUAAAACUUAACUUUCUAAAUCAAUUUAAUUUAUUAGAAUAAAAAAUAAAACAAUGAAGGUUCAUAACUAUUUAUUUACAUCAUAUAUCCAGUUUUAUUAAUAAAAUACACUGAUAAUGAAAUCCAGUUAGACAUAGUGUCAGUUUUAAAAUUGCACUAAUCAAGAUCUUGACCUUUUUAUGUGCCAGUUUUAUUAAGCGGCAUCAUUUUUUUAUUUCCCCAAGCAUGCAUCACUCCAGGGAAACUGGUCUUCUUCUCAGUUCAGAAGCUACUAAGACUUGCAUGUGAUAUGGCCAUGUGACUUUUAGUUAUUUAAAAAAAUGAUUGGGUUGUUUUGUUUUCAUUCCCCAAAUACUUAAUUUUAAUGAUUUUAUUUGAACCAGCCUGUAAUCUUAAUUUUCCAUUCACUCAUUGAGCCAUUGCUCUGUAAUUUCCUUUUCUAAUCAUCAAAAUAACAGUUUCAGGUUCUUCAUUUUUAAGCACUAAUUGUCAUAGCUUUGGGAUAGAGUUAACAUUUUAAUGAUAAAAUGCUGCCAAUUCUGCAUUAGGAGUUAAUUAUUUAGAUGUUUUAUGUUAAUGAACAUGUUGCCUGGUUACAGUGUUGUUUUAUUUUUUAAAGCUCCCAAAGGCAUUGCUUAUAACUUAUAAUUCGUUUUUUAGUAAAAUAAGGUAUGUUAAAGAUAUAUAUUAUUAAAAAAUCCAUCACACUUGAUUUAUGUAUGGUAAAAAAUGUGCUGAUGCAUACAGAAGUAACUUAAAUCUAAAUGAAUCAACUUGGCUAGUGAUUAAAGACAAUCUGAAAAAAAAUAUUUUUAUAUAUCUAUUGUUAUCAGUUCCCAACUUAUUGUCAGAUGCCUUAGAAUGAGAUAAUAUUUUACUGCACUUGAUAAAUUUUAUAACUGUCUCCAAAUGAUAAAAUCUGAGUAAAUGAUAAAAUUACACAUCACCCUGAUAGUUGUAAGCCUUGUCUGCUUCAAUAAAUGCGGUAUCAGAUUAAUUAACCUUGUUUGCAUUUAAAAAAUAAUUACAGGAAACAAAGUUUUCUCUGUCUCUUUAAUGAUUAUUUUCCUCUACUUACAGAGCAGGGAGCCAUGUCCAUAAAACUGGUCUCCGGCGGUAGUUAUAAUGUGCGAGCGUCUGAAAUGGCGCAUAUUCAGGACCGCACACCCAAGGCUGUUAACUGUGCUGUCCACUUUCUGGAUGACACAGUGGAGACCUUUGAAGUAGAUGUUAGUUGGCGCCUUUAUUUUACAUAAAAACAUUCAUAUAUAAUUUUAUUUGACUACAUACAUGCAAAUAUUGAAGAAGUGCUUUUAACCAUAAUUAUGCAACUUUCAAGCAUUUGGAUGUAUCCCUAAAAAAUUAUAAUUUUGGGUUUGGUAUUAGGUAGGGAAUGUUUUUAUACCAACAAAUAUUAACAAUAAAUUUACAAAUUGAUAGUUUUCUGACUGCAAUUUUUUAAUCUUGAAGCUUCAGUUUAUAAUUAUUUCUUUAAUUGAAUUCAUCUUGGAUGCUAUUAAUAUUUUUUUUUGUCUAGAAACGAGGCAAAGCGCAACAACUGUUAGAAAAAGUGUUUGAACACUUAGAGCUUGUUGAAAAGGAUUACUUUGGCCUCCAAUAUAUGGACUUAGCACCAGGAGAUGACACUUUGGUAAUAUUUUUUACUCUUAUCUAUUUUAAAAUUUCUUUUUUAAGUGUAAGAUUAAAAAAUGUCACAAUAUAAAUUAUAAUUUUUUUUUUUAAAGGAAUAUAUUGGUCAUCUCCAAUCUUUGAUUACUGAUAUUUUCAGAGAUGGCUUGAUCCCCUAAAAACAAUAAAGAAACAAUGUAGAGGUAAGUGUUCUUUACAAGCAUAAAAAACCCCCCAAAAAAUCAAAGCCUUUAAAAACAUUUAAUUUUGCCUAACCAAUUUGCUGUUUAUUAGUCAAGUGCUCACAAUAAAUGUCAUAGGCAAAAUAAUAUAAUAAAAAAAAUCAAAAUUGAAUGAAAUAAAAAUAAUAAGAAAGAAAAACCAGAAUUUAAUCACUUGAAAGUGAAUUUUCAUAGCAAUACCAUUGUGAUUUUUAGCAAUUUCUCUAGCUGUAAUCUAUGCCUUUCACCUUAACUGGAACCUCAAGGGAAUAUGAGAUUCCAAAGCAAACUAAAAAUUGUGUUUUGUCACGUAAGUCCACAGAAGUUGUUGCUGCAUUUACAAGAUUAAUGAAAAAUUUGCCUGAGGAAGCAAAAUUUGUAUUGCUGCCUGUCUCAACUACACAUCUCUGUGAAGCAAAAUUCUCAGCCUAAGCAACUACCAAUACGAAAUAUAGCCGUCGCUUAAAUACAUAACCAGACAUUUGUCUGAAAUUAUCACCUAUUGAAAAUGAUAAAACUGCAAAUUAAUAGGACCCCAUGUGUCUCUUUAAAAAUUAUAUUAUGUCAUUUUUUUUUUUUUUCAACCCUCUCUGUAACGCUACUCCUAAGCCUAAGCACCAUCAAUAUGGGGUAGGUUUAACACUCACCGCCCACCCUCCCCCAUAGUCAUUGAAUCUAAAAAUUGGCUCUGAAGUAAAAAUGUUUGGCAUCUAAUACAAUUCAAGUCCUUUACAUAUGACAAAACUACAUUCAUUUAUUGUGACUUGACCACAUAAGCCAGCGGUCAGAAAAUUUAUUAAUCAGGCUUGUUAUAUAUUGGUCUCUAAUUUUCUAUUGUGUCUUUUAUGAUUACUUAAUUUUUUUAAAUGAUAUAUUUUUAAUUUACAUAUUCACGUAUAUAUAACUUUUGUAGAUAGGUAGAGGUAUAAGUAUCUAUUAAAGUUGAAAUGAAAUCGCUAACUUAAUUUUUUACAAAAUCCAAAUGAACAUUCAUCAAAGUUGAACGGAUUAAAUUUGUUAAUUCUCUUUAUUUUGGGUAAAAUUAACAUAUUCUUACUGCCAUCUUGCUUAUCAUGAUGAGUAUGGAAAUUAAUCUGUUCCUCUUGCUUAUUCAUUACUUUACUAUAUUUUAAAACUUUACCACAGUUUGCUUAGGGGCCAUCCAAAAAUGAUGUCACACGUCUAGGGGGGAGGGUCACAUUUUUGUGACGAUAUGUGACAAGGUUGAGGGGAGUUUAAGCAAUGUGACUUAACAGGGGAACAUUAUAGUAGAGACUUUGAUAGAAGUGAGAAUUAAUGUUGAAAUGUGGAGACAGGAAGGUACCAUGUGAAGUGGGAUGGAAUUUAAAAAAAAAUUGGGGUAGUGGGUGUUUGAGCUUAGUGAAUGCUCUAGGGAAGGGAUUCUUAACCUUUUUGCAGCGCUGCUGCCCCACUCCUUUUUAAACACAACAGCCCCCCCCCCCCUUCCCUGUAUAAAUUAUAUUGUAAUAAAAUCUAAAAUCUGUUAUAUAUAUUACGCUUCUGGUGCGACUUGUGGACUGCUUCCUAAUGGACUGCUUCCUAUUGAGCGAAUUGGGUAUUGAGAGUAUAUGACAAAUAAUUCUAAAUUUUUGAAAGAAAUUAUGAUUCAAUAAUGAGUUCAACAGGGUGUAAAAAAAAAAAGAACAAAAACAAAUAAUGUCAUGAAUUUUUUUUCAGGUCCUGUAUAUGAUUUCUACUUCCGUGUAAAAUUUUAUGUGUCAGAUCCCAGCAAAUUGGCAGAGGAGUAUACAAGGUAUCUCUUAAUAUAUGAACAGCUUAUCUGAAUUACCUUGUAUUAAUAGUGUAUUAUUAAUAUUAGCUCUUGUUUGUUUUUUUAAUUUUUGACAACAAGAAACAGUAAACAUAUUUUAUUUGUCAAGACAGUGGUUUAUUGUGGACGAUUCAAUUUUAUUUUAAAUCAGUAGUUUCAUUUGUGUCUUUCAAACACAUUAGAAUUAAAUGGCAUUAUAUUUCUGAAAUUAUUUGAGUGUUGCUAUGAUUAUUUGAGUGUUGCUCUGACUCAAAAUCUUAUUGUAUUCUAGAAAUACUUGUCACUUAAUAAGGUAUUUAGAAUACUCCACCUCUUUCUUUCUUAUCUUAUGUUUGUGUGUGUUUCAGAUAUCAUUUUUUCCUUCAAGUGAAGCGUGACAUUCUCUCAGGAAAAUUGGUAUGUUCGGAGACUAAUGCUGUUAUGCUUGCUGGUUAUGCUGUACAAUGUGAGUAAAAUUCUUAUAGCUAGUUUUAACUUUUCCUUUUGUUUGUUUUCUAAUUGGGGUUUCUUUUUUAAAAAAGUUAAUACAAGCUUCUGAGAUUUUUUUUCAAAUAAUUUUUCAGCUGAAUUAGGAGAUUUUAAUCCAGAGGAACACAAAGAAGGAUACUUAGGAGAAUUCCUAUUUAUCCCUGACCAAACUAAAGACUUUGAAAAACAGGUUGCAGAAAAACACAAACAACACAGGUAUUACAUCUUUGUAAUAACAAAAAAAUGUAUACUAUUUUUUAAAUCACCAUUUUACACUUGAGCUAUCCAUUAUCUAAAAAUGUGAGUAACAUAGUGUUAAGAGAAGAAUAUAUAGCAGAUUUUAUUUACUUGAGUCAAGACAAAUGAGUAAUUGAACUAUUUUUCUUGACUGUUCUGCUAUUUAGGGGUCAGACACCAGCGGAUGCGGAAUCUCUUUUUUUAGAAAGAGCCAAGAGAUUAGAAAUGUAUGGAGUGGAUUUACACAAUGCAAGAGUAAGUUUACUGAAUUUUUUGUCAGUGCUUUAUCUUCAAUCAAUUUUCAUUUUCAAAUGGUAAAAAGAAUUGUCUUGAUUAAAAAAAUUUUUUUCUUUCUUUAAUCAUCAGGACCAGAGUAAUAUAGAUAUACAGCUUGGUGUGACCUCUGCAGGACUUGUGGUUUUUCAAAACAAUAUUAAAAUCAACACUUUUUCUUGGUAAGUUAGUGCAAUAUUUAAUUCCUCAGGAAAAAUAUAGGUGUAUUCUGCAAAGUGCAAUAAUAACUAUCUUUUCAAUGGCAAUACAUGUUGAAAAUUUUCCACUGAUGUUUAUUAAUAAUAAUAAUAAAAUAUAAAUGUGAUUAAAAUCUCUGAAAUGACCUGUCUUUUUGGCUUAUGGAGAGCAAUACUAAGGGAAUGAAUUUGUCGUCAUUCAUUUGAAGAGUAAUGAAGAAAGCUAUAACAGUUUGCAGUGUAUUAUUUUACUAUUUUAGGUAGUAGAAUUUAGUCAAAUGUUUUUUUUAAUGAUAUAUAUUUGAUACAAAAAAUGAAGUUAAUCUCAUAACUUCUAAAUACUACAGGAAUUAGCAUCUUUUAAUUUUCAGGGCCAAGAUAGUCAAAAUAUCAUUUAAAAGGAAACAGUUCUUUAUUCAAUUAAGGAGAGAGGUAUGUCAAUGUGUUAUUUAAUAUUAGAUUGUCAAACAAUGAUUUGAGUUGUGUUCUUUUUGUGCAUGAUUUCUCAAAUGUUUAGAUAUUCCUAUUUUUUAUCAUAAAGAAAGAAAGAUCCACUGAGUCAAUUAUUGUGAGAAAUUGUUUUUGACUUUAUUCCAUGGAGGACAUUUACUCAAAAGAAAGGCUUUGUCAUGAAUUAACUGACUUGGUUUUAGUAUAAAAUGAAAUUGUGACUUGUUUUCACGUGUUCAUUGAUUGCAUUAUAAUUUUUUCCCUGUAAUUGCUGACAAAAUUUAUGAACUUGAAUGGUUUUUAUUUUGUAUUCGGGAUUUAUCGGUGUUUCAGGUAGCAGAUAGCGUAGAGGAUAAUGAUGGCAAGGGAGAGAAGUCACAAGUAAAACCUUGUUUGUUUUGUUAGAACUUAUUUUCUUUUGUUUCAUUAUAUUAAGAAAGAACCAAUACAAAAUGUGCACUCGGCUUUACCAUUAAGAGCAGGGACUUAUUGCCCAGCUGUCUGUCAUCAGAUUAGUUGUUACUAAUGCAUCUGCUAAGGUCUUGCCUCAUUAAUGUUGCUUGAAAUUUUGUUUAUCAGCUUCCGUUUCUAUUUGUAUUGUUUUCUUGUCCUUUAAAAGGAAUUUCCUUUCAGUUUCCUGUAAAUCAUCUGCUUGGACUGACAAUCUGUAAUUUUAAUAAAGUAUUUCAUUGUGUUGAAAUGAAUUCAAUCUUUUUGGUGGUUGACUUAAUAAUAGUAAAGCUUGAAAUUGAUGUUUUCACUAAUAAAUGCAGAAAAAAUUACAAAGGGCUUGGCUUUCAUGGUUUGUUUACUUUUACAGUAUAUGGUUAUGAAAAGAAUUUUGCUUUUUAAACAAUUUUAUACAUUUAAUUUUCUCAUGCCCAUAUUCAUACAUUUAGUUUCGGUCACAAAAUGCACUAAAAAUAAACCAAAACAUAUACUUUCAUCAGAGUAUUGUAUGUUUGGUACCAUGUAUUUUUGGCUGUUUUUUAAAAUUUAUGUUAUAUCUGUUUAUAUAGAGAUUUGCAUGUUCAUAAAAAUACAUUUAAAAAAAAUCAGUGCAUGAUAAAGGCUUUGUUUUUUAAAGUGAACACAUUCAAAAGUCUACUUAUGCUGAUUAGCUUGUUUUUUGUCCCAUCAUGCUAUAACAAAAUUAAGUUAUGGCAUCAAGUUAUUUUGUUAUUUUCCUUAAUUUAAGAAAUUAUAGUUGAGACUGUAACUGUUAAAGGUUGAUUUGUUUGCAUGGAUAUUGUAAUGUGCACCAUGAAUGUAUCAUUAAUAUAUGCUAGCACACUUUAAUAUGUUAAAAUUUCAACUUAUAUAUGCUGGCAGAAUAUAUGUUUAGCUUGUUCUUUGCUUUUGAUCGUAGUUAGUAUUCAAAUUUUUUUUUUUUUAAAUCUAAGACAAGAAAGAAAUAAUAUUUAUAGCUCUUAAUUUGCACAGACCCUUACAUUUUAAAACUAAUUCAAGGACAUGAAGGCUAUUGCUUAUUAAUUUAGUGUGAUUUGACAAACAUGUUUUAGUUAUUUCAUAAUUUAAAUUGCAGUAUUUUCAUUAACAUUUUUUUUUUAUUGGGUAGGUGCAAAGAUUUUUCACUUAUAGUUAUCCAUACGAAUUGAACAAUGUAGAGCAAUGGCCUAAAUAGAUGUCAUUUGUGUUGAUCCCUUCCUGUCAUAAAAACACAUUUGUAAAAUGCCCUUCAUCUUUUGUAAUCCAUCCUUAGUACUUGAAUGAGUUAAUUUUUUGACUAUUUAAAAUAAAAAUUGUGAAGUGAAAAAACGAUUCAAAUACAUAGUUUUAGCAGAGAGAAAAAAUUCCAAUUAUAAUUCUUCUCAAUUUUUAAAAUUACCAUUUUGAUUGUCUUUUUGAGCAUGCAUGCACUUUUUUAAAACAUAAGUUUGUUUGAAUCCAUAUGCAUGCAUUAUGGUUUUCUAUUUUUUACCUUUUUUUUUUCAGAAUGAGCCAGUAGAGAAUUUAAUAGGUUUUAACAUGGUUAGCUACAGAUCCUGUAAAAACCUGUGGAAAUCAUGUGUUGAGCAUCACACAUUUUUCCGAUUACACCAUCCCAAUCCACCUUCCAAAAAAAUAUUUACCAUGGGAUCUAAAUUUAGGUACAGGUAGGUGAAUCUUGACUUCUUUAUUUUUUUGAGAUACCUAGUUAUUAACUAAAUUAGGGAGAUGGUUGUUUUUUUUAAAAUUUCCCUUUGCACAGAAAUAUCUAAUACAUUGUAUAAAUUUUGAAUGCUUUAAGUUAAUUAGAAAGGGAAUUGUUGGAUUUUUGUGGCAUUUUAGUCCAAGCACUGGAUUUUACAGUAGCGUAAUAAAUCAUAUUUUAAACGACUAAGUGCUUUUGACUCCAUUUUCUCUGUGACAUCAUUUUCUACCAAUUCAUGACAUCAUCAUAUCAUUAUUAUUGGUAAGCUCUCAUUUGAAUCACUUUAUUUAUUAUUUUCUUGUUGUCAGACUUUCCUCUGUAAGCUUUUUUUUUUGUUGCUUUAUUUUGUUUUGUUCCUCUCAAAUCACUUUGAAUUUAAAAAAAAAAUGAAAAAUGAAAGCACCCCUUAAAAUUUGCUUUGAGCAUCUAGUGUGUUUUAUGCUGGUGUAAAUCUGUCAUUUAUUUUAUUUUAAUUUUUUUUUUCUUCCCUUCUAGGAUGAGGUUUGGCUGUUUAUAUUUUAAGUGUGGCCACCAUUUUUUAAUUUAUUUUCUCAGUUAAUGUGUCCAAUAAUAACUCUUGAACCUGGUUUAUUGUUUACAAUCACAGACCAUCUAACUGUAUUCUCUGUUAAUGUGUGACCCUGGUAUCAUAGGGUUAAACAGAUAGAGCUGAAACAUCUAAAGGAGGGGGAGAAUUUGGGUUCCUGCCUAUUUUAAAAUGCCAGCUGGUGCAGCUAUCAUAAUUCGCAUUAUGUUAGGACAUGCGCGACCUUCAUUGAUUUGACACCAGCUGUAUAAUGAACGUGAAAUAAAGAAACACCAUUAUCCCUGUUGAGGUCUUGUAUGGCUCUGUGUGCUCAAAAGAAGAUAAAGCCAAUAAAAUUUUCAAUGAAUAAAAUGUACCACAUCAUACUUUCAUUCACAGUUUAAAAAAAAAAAAAUGGAUACAUUUCAUUUGUUACUUAUUUGCAUGAUGGGUUGGCUCACAAAUAAUUGUCGCAUUCUAGCUUUGAGCGGAUCAUUUUAAGUUGUGUUUGGGGGUGACGGGUGUUUGACCAAGUUUUACCCAAGGUUUGGAAAAUGUGUUAGUGAAUUAACAAGUUUAACCGCCACAUUGUAACACAUGGCGCUUUAUUGUGUGUCUGGGCAUGGAACCCAAUUUUGAUACACUACCAUACUUUGACCCUCCCAUGAUAUAUUUCUUUUCAAAUAAUAUGAAACUAAUGUGGUGCCAGUUAUUAAUACUGUAUUUCUCACUUAAUCUCUUCAACAUAAUGUACAGCCUUUCAUUGUUGUUUGAACUUAUUAUAGUAUAGACUAUUUUAUGACUAAAAUUUUCUAAAUGAGAAAGGGACUGAAAGAACUCUUGCACUCAAAGCUCUGCUAUCACAAAACCAACCCCACCCCAUUUAAUUUCUUGUUUCAUCAAAAUUAUUUCCAUAUCAAUCACAUAGGAAUUAUGAAAAGAAAAAGAUGUUUACCAGGGUUUGACACAUUUUUUUGCCUUUAGUGAGUAGCGUUAUUAUUAAGACAAAGGGAAUCAUGCUUUAAAAGUUCAUUUGAAAUACAAUUGUUGAUAUUUGGCUGUGUAGCAUUAAAUUUUGAGAAGCACAGGAUGAGGCUAAUGUCCUGUCUGCGCUGUACAUUAUGUUUGAGAGCAGUCAGUGUUGUCCACCACAUGCUAGUUUAGAAACUCACAUACACGACAUGUAUUUGUUGCAGUGGUAGAACAGAAUUUCAAACAUUAGAAGAAAGUAAACGAAGGGCCAAAAUAGAGAGGCCUUUUUCAAGGUAGGCUUCUAGAAGUCAUGUCACUUUUUUCCUCAAUCCAUAUUUUGUUUAUAUUAAUUUGUUUUUAUUCUGUUUCUAGAGCUCAGUCAGUCUUUAUAUUUCCGUUUCUAAAGCUGUUAUGUUUUUUUUCCACACCUCUACUCUUUUUUUCUUUUGUGUCCUUUAAGCUUUGUGCACUAUAUAGAUUACUUAAGUUAAAAAAAAACAUAUCACCUUAAUUCUACCAAUUAGUGUGUGCCAUCUGUUACUGCCAGAACUAUUAAAAAAGCAUCAGAAAUAUUCUUUAACAUGGUAUUUUGAAAAACGCCUCUCAUUGUAAUUGGUUUUAUAUUACUGGGCUAUAUAAUGCCAAUGAUGGACCAUUAUUUAUAUAUUUAGUCCAUACAUUUUUUAAAUUUGGAGCAUUAUCUUACCGAUCAGCUAUGAUUACUAAGUUCUGUUGCAUGCGUGUAUUAAUAUUGAAUAUUUGCAUUGCUUUUAACAUUGCUUUUAUAUUUGUGUGCUUGUAUAUUAUACUUUAAAAUGUUUACACAAAUCAAGCUAAUAUUUAAAAAUAUUUUUACACUUAUAUUUCCCCCCAUGACCUUAAUUAAAAAGGGAGCGGAAGAUGGAUUAUUGAAGCUUAAAUUUGCUCUUUGGUCCUAUACAAAAAAAAUGAUAUCUAUAAUUAAAACCAUAACUUUAUCAGCUUUACCAACUCAUUCCAGCAAAACAUAACUAUUUAAUGGAGAACAUUUUGCACACUACAUUUGCUAUUGUUUGCUUGCUUGUUGCUUCAAUAAUGCUCUUUGGUCAUUGGCUUUUCCUCAUGUUCCUUUGCACUGGCUUGCUUUGUCUUGUUUAUUUUAGUUUUUUUAUUGGAGCUUUUGGGGCUUUAUAGAGUGGAAUGCCAUAUUCUCAUUUGCUUACUUAAUUAAAUACCAUCUUGUUUUAAUAUGUAGAUUUUCUAUAUAAACUUGAUUAAGACUUAUUACGUUAAGCUGUGAGUUUUCAUUUCAGCUAAAUUCCUUUAGAAGUCAAUAUUCUGUUUAUAAUAAAUAUCCUGUAAUUUUUACUAGCUUCAUAAAAUCUUAAAAGCGUUCAGUAGAGUGAAAAAUUGUAAAAAAUCUAAAAAUCAUGUUAGAUUUAUCUUUUGUAGUUGAUACAACUCUAAAGCAAAACUGACCUCAUGGAUCAGGGCUUCUAAAUGAUUGAAUUCUCAUAAAUGAGUAUGAACAAUGCUGGAUUUAAUAAAUAACAAGUUCUUUGUGUACACAUUAGAAAAUUGAAACAAAAUUAAAAUCAGUUUAUAUAAUGUGACUUGAAGGUUAUAUAAUUUUUAUUACCCGUCAUUCUAAUUGAACCUAAUAAGUUAUCUUAUUUAAUGGUAUUAAUGCAAAUAUUUCAAUACAUGUACGUAAUGGUUCAAUAUAAAAGAUGUUGCAUUUAUAUUCUUGUUGAGUUUGAGAAGCACAAGCCUCAAAUAAUUGUUCAACUUUUCUGUCAACUUUUGUGCUUUGUCUAUAUAGUUCUCAUGCUGAGUUAAUUUUAUGCUGUGAAUUCAGUGGAUUUCUAGAUAGCAACACAGCACUGCUAAUUAAAAAAAAACCCCACUAAAAGCUAGGCAACCAUUACAAGUUAAUGAAAGUAUUUAUUUACCUGUUUUAUUGAUUUUAAAUAUUGUUUUCUGUUACUGUAUUAGCUGUACUAUUUACUUCAGUGAAAGAUUUAGUGCAAUAAUAGGCAGCUUUUGAAUGAGAUUAGCUAGUUAUAUUCAUUAUGAUUGAUGCAUUAGAAUAGCUAGUGAUGUUGCAUGAUAUACAAAAAGCAUAAAAUAUCUCAUGUUUUAUUGCUGCAUAUGAUCACACCUCUUACUUGAUACAAAUACAUUACAUUUUAAGACCUUCAUGUAACAUGUUUAUUAAUUUUUAAAUAAAUUGUUUUGACAAGUUUGAUCAACUUUGACAUUACUCUCCCAUUAAAUUUUUCUAGAUCUCCAAGUAAAAGGUACAGAAGAACUGUGGGGGCUGUGUCUAGGGAAGCAAUCCUAGAAGAAAACCGCUACAUUGAAGGCUACCGGCAGAUGUCCAAAUCUCAAACAUUCUCAACCAAUUCUAACAGCAGUAAUAAUGCGACCAGUAGCAGCAGCAGUGCCACCAACACGAGCACAGGAAACCAUGCCUUCAGCAGACACGAUGGCGUCUCUGGUCAGGUUAGGGCCACACUGCCACAUGACUACAAGACAGGAAGGACUUCAUGGAAUGAUGGGAACCAAUCAGAGAAGUCAGAAGAGUAAGUACACUGCUCGCUAUUUAGUUAUAGCUUGUUUCUACUGCUAUCAUACAUGCAUGUUCUGUUGCAUGCUGUAAAAGUAUUAUAAAGGCUGUCCAAUUCUUUGUUGACCUGUUGAUUCAUUUUAAAAGAUCUUGACUUGCUGAUGCAGAAUGGUGCUCGUUUAUAACAAAAAGUCUUUUAUUUUACCUUAUCGAUGAUAUCAUUUUAAGGAGACACUUGCUUAUGAGGUCACUCAGCCUCUUUCAUGACACAAUGUAGAAAAAUAUCAGUAUUCUAAAUUAAAUGUUUUGGACACUAAAAAGCUUGUGGUUUUGACAUGACCAUGAGGUGACUAAAUGAAAACAAUGACCACCACAAACAAGUGUAAUACAGCUAGAUCUAACCCUUAAAUGUUUGUCGCAAAUAGAAAUGGAAAAAAAUCUUAUCAUGUUAGUAAAACUAUGCCCUCUCUAAAUGCAGAUUUUAGCUUAUAAAGAUAAACAUUUAAAUAAAAAGUUUUAUUUAUGUAAGAGUAAAAUUUAUCAACAAUUUUAUUUUUACCAUUGGUCAUCUAAUGUAUUUUAAAACAAUUGAAAAAAAAAUAUUAUGGCUCAUAAAAUGCUUAGACAUGGUUCAUCACAAACAGCGAUCAACCAUUGAUUUUCACUCAGGUUAAAUCUUUCAUAUGAAUUAUUAAAAAAAUGUGCAGCAGUUAAUGAAUUGAGAAAGAUAGUCCUGGUGAAUGAGCUGCCCCGCAGGAUUUAGAUUUGUAAUGAUACUAAAAAUAAGAUGUACAAAUGAUAUGUAUACAUUUGAAUGAAAGAUCUGAUAAGAUUCUGUUAAUAUAUGAAACAUAUCUGUCAUUGUAAGCAAUUGUAUCUGUCAUCAGCUUUAAAUAAAUCUGUCAUCAGCCACUGCCCAUAUCUGUCAUCACCCACUGCCAAUAUCUGUCAUUAGCCACUGCCCAUAUCUGUCAUCACCCACUGCCAAUAUCUGUCAUUAGCCACUGCCCAUAUCUGUCAUCACCCACUGCCAAUAUCUGUCAUAAGCCACUGCCCAUAUCUGUCAUCACCCACUGCCAAUAUCUGUUAUUAGUCAUUAGCCACUGCCCAUGUCUGUCAUCACCCACUGCCAAUAUCUGUCAUCAGCCACUGCCCAUAUCUGUCAUCAGUCAUUAACCAUAUCUGUCAUCAGCCACUGCCAAUAUCUGUCAUCAGUCAUUAGCCACUGCCCAUAUCUGUCAUCACCCACUGCCAAUAUCUGUCAUCAGCCACUGCCCAUAUCUGUCAUCACCCACUGCCAAUAUCUGCCAUCAGCCACUGCCCAUAUCUGUCAUCACCCACUGCCAAUAUCUGUCAUUAGCUUCACUUAUCUCUUAUCAGCUGCUCCCUAUGCCCGUCACUUAUUUCAAUGACACUAACAAUAAAGCAUGUUUGCGACAAUUAAUGAUAUAUGAGGCCAUCACAGAGCCAUCCAGCUUGCGAGCAGGAUGGCUAAACCUGAUUAAGCUGCGGCGUUAAUAAUGUAGUGGGCCUGGUAGUUGACAAGCAGAUCAUUGGAGCCCAAAAGAUCAGACUUGGUAAGAGUGCAGAGAUGAAGUGCUCUCAAGGUUCUUUUAAUUCCUUAAGUAUUGUGAUAGGAACAAGAAGAAAUCAAUGCUAGGUUUUAUCCCCAAUGAUUGAUUUUAAUGGGGGUAACGGCUAUGAGCAAACUAUCACUAUCAUGGAGAGAUUUGAUGGGCAAGUACUUGAUGCUGAGAUAUAUUAAUUGUGAGAGACUAUAUCUCUACUGGCAUUUCCAUCUUGUGGACUGCAAUCUUGUGUGUCAAGCCUAAUCUGUUUGUUUAUACACGUGUCAUUUAAGAUUUUCUUCUGCGGUGUUCCAACAAAUCAUUUUGUCAUUAAAAACGUCUUUUUUUGUUAUAGCACGCAUUCAUAAGAAUAUUUGAGACUGAGUAAAUAUGGCAAUUGAAUAUAAUGUGUAGCUUCAAGUCUUAAAAAUGACCUAACCAAAAGUCAACUAAAAAAUGUAUAAGCAAUUUUUACAUUUAAUUUGCCUCAGCCACUUCCCAUGAUUUGUACAAAAUAAUGUCCAAGUUUUGAAAUGUCCAGAUGUAUCUGUCCACCCUACUUCCUGCUGGCUAGAAUUCAAUUAUGAUGCAAGGCCAUUGAUCAGUUCCUUAAAUAUCUCGAAUAUAUCAAAUUAAGUUCACAAUAAAGGCACCCACAGACAACAACAAGCCAAUAAAUAAACACAUAAAAACGCAACAAUUUCACUAAGGUUUCAUUAAUGUUGUUUACUUUUUGACGGAAUGGAGAGAGAGAGUCUUUACAGAUGGGGCACAAGCCUUAACAAACAAAAACAAAUAGGUUUAAAAUGUUUUCUACAUCAGUUUUUCAUGUUGCACAAAGAGCUUAUUUUAUUCUUUAUAAGCAUUGUUAAUGGCUUUGUGUACAUCUACAGAACACGUGUAUUUUUACCUGGCCAAAUUUUAAUAACUUGUGUGUACCUUUAUCUUCUGACUACUUUCAUAAAGCUUAAAUUCUCUUCUAGGAUGCAAGUUUUAGUCAACAAAGAAAACCAUGAUUUCGUCUGUAUUUUUAAAUUUCACAAAUAUACAAUUUUAUCUGCUAUCCUUAACAAAAUAUAGGCUUUACAUGCAACCGUCAGAGGUCUACUCAACAUGUAACUAAUAUACAAAAGGUGGCUAUGACAUUCCCCAUUUAACUUACAUUUAGAUGGUUUUUAAUUGAUGACUCCAAGCAGUUAAACAUGUUCUCAUAAUUAUUUUUCCAUAGAGUAAUCUCAUUUCAAAUGAUAUCAUUCAUUAACCUUCAUUACACAAAUAAAUUAACCACUGCCUCUAUCCAAACAUCUUUCUACUCUCUUAGAUAUCAUUAUUUCUUUCCACCAUACACCUACAUUUUCGCACCCUGCACCUACAUUUUCCCACCCUACACCUACCUUUUCCCACCCUACGCAAAUCUUUCCCAACCUGAAUCUUAUAAUUUCCCACCCAAAACCUAUAUUAAUUAACUUGAAGCCUAUAUCUCCCCACCUGAAGCCUAUAUCUCCCCACCUGAAGCCCAUCUCUCCCCACCUGAAACCUAUCAUUCCCCACCCAAAGCCCAUCUCUCCCCACCAGUGACCACUUCAUUUCCACCCUAUGGUCCCAAUCUUCAAUCACACGGAAACAUCUUUCCUACCUCAACGAUUCAUGACUUACCCACCCCAAAAGUAAUUCUCUUUAACAUAAUAAUCACCAUCACUCAUCAGAGUCCCAAUUCAAUGUACAGUCCUUUCUAUACCUGAUCAGAACAGCAGUGUUCACGAUAACAAUCAGCAUAAAUACACCGGUAUAAGCAUCUAUGAUUUAAUCUAUUACAUUGACCACAGCUCCCAAUGCCGCCAAAAAGUUUUAAAUUAAAAACAAAAAAGACAAACUUGAUGUCGAAUGUUAUUUAAAAGUGCAACCAACGAGAUGCUUUUAUCGAGCUUUGUUAUUACACCAUCCCAGCAGUGCACACUUAAAAAGGGCAUCCCACUGGAGGCUUUGUUAUUAAAUGUGCUGUGCCUAAUCAAUGCCGUUGUCAUGUUGUCUAGAAGUGCAUAGCCGAUUUGCCUGGAAAUAGCCAAAACAAUGCCGCAUGGUCCACCGCCGCUUGAACUUGUAACAUGCCAACCCCUGGCGACAGUCGCUGCGUCAUUUAUGCUGUUGAUGCGUUGCCUGUAGUUUUGUUUGGACUCUAAGAAUCUAUUUUUACUACCAAACAUAGAGUGCUGUUAAAUCAUUCUCAGCCUGCCAUGACUUUCCAAUAAGGUUCAUAGAUUUUACCCACCAACUGCCCAAAAAUAAAUAAAGAAGUUUAAAAAAUAAAUAAAUUAAAAAAAAUUGGAAAAUGUUGGGGUUAUGUCCGUGAAUUUAAUGUAAUCAGAUAAUGCUGUAAGUUUAAGGAAAUCAGAGGCUUACUGCUGAUCUCUCGGUUGAGUUAAUCGCGCCUUCGUUAAAAAAAAUAAGCCUCAUUAGAUUCGAGUUCUUAUAUCCUUCAUUGGCAGUCUCAAUGACACAAAAGUUUGGGGAAAAUAAAGGAACGGAACUUGAAAACACACACACAAACCUACUUAAUUACUUGCUGUGCGUUAUAAACACAUGGUUAUUUUGUCGAUAGUGCCAUUAAUGAUAGAUCUCCACCCCUUCUCCAUUUACGCGUUUUACGGUAACACGGCCCCCGUGCAUACAACUUGGUUAUACAGGGGACCUACUAUGUUCUUGUGAUUCAGUGUUGCUGUAAGGCGGGCCAUUGAUGCAGGUUGAUUAAUUGAUUGAAUUGUGUGCAAGCGUAUUGGUUCGAACUGUGGUCACUGUAGAGCACGAGAGACACGGUGUGAUAUUUCCGCAUCGUUUAGCACGCUUAGGUCUGUUGGGGCUCUAACACAAUGGUGACUAAUAGCGCGAAAUAAAGUUAGUUGAUCAGAUUUUUGUGUGUGUAUGCUGGUAUUGAGUUUUAAGUUCAAGGAACAUAAUGCGAUUGGGGACGGGGGUGGGCAGGGUACUGAAUUUUAUGGGUAGAAUAGGCUACAUGGAUUUAUCGAUUGUGUCAAAGCUGCCAACUUCCCCCCCCCCCCCCCCCAAAAAAAAAAAAAGGCGGAGACAACGUAAACGCCCAUUAACACUAGACUGUUAAAAUGACCAUCACUAAACAUAAAUGGGCUUUGUGAUUCGAUUUGAUUGAUUGUUGGUAGAGGUGGCGGUUUUGGGAUAGUGCACUGGCCGUAAACAUUUGUUAUGAUGAAUAAUGAAAGAUGUCAUACCAUUUUCAGAGUAACUAAAUCAUUACAGAUCAGAAAUGAGCGCCUACAUUUUUUACCGCUGAAGUUUUAACAUCGCUAUUUGUGUCGUGUUUGUGUGUGGCCUAACGACCAACAAUGUGGCUUCAUACGUUGGACUUGGACGUGUGCGACGACGUCAGUCUCUUCAAGUUCUGCGGAUAUUUGUUUAACGAUGGCAUUCUGGAGUUGCAGAAAUUGUGGACAGAAAUUACACAAAAAUUAUCAGACUCCACGUCCCGUUUGGUUUACCAUGGUUUCAUGCUAUCUUAAAAGUUCAACUUGUGUUUAUAUUACAGCGCUUUAUGUAGUCACAUUAAUGUUGGUUACAUUUUAAUUUUUAGCUCCUAAUAGUAGCACUACAUAAGUUGAGCCGAGUCAUGUUAAGUAUUUCAUUCAAUUGUUCAUAUGGAGGGGCUGGGUAAAAGUGUGUGAAUAAAUGAUUGCCUGUGACAAGUGAAAAUGUCACAGCCGGCGUUGGACAAAUGACGAUCGGAUGAGUUGAAACUUGUGCCGGUAUCGUUGGGACGAGAGAGGCCAUGUUGCCGUUCCUCUGAUCCUAGCCAUCGGAGAGAAAAUUGAACCCCCGGGUCGCCUUAUACUCUAGCUAAUUUCUUCCAUUUACGUCCUCCCGCGUUCUUUUACUUUGACCAUCAUCCUCACAUUUGAGCAAGGCCUGGUCAAUAAAUAAACCUGGUUUGGUGGUGGUGUUCAAACCUGUUUCUCAGCCCACUACUUCAAGACCUUUUGGAGAGUGCUGGGUACUCCCAUUCCCAACACCCAACCAAAAGAAAUUUUUACCUAGUUGGGAUAAAAGUAGAUUUAACUUUGUUUAGCUCGUAGCCCUCUUCCUUUGAGCUCUUUUAAUUUCAUAUUGGACGGUGUGCUUAAAAGUCUCUACGUUUUGAGAGACACUGGCUUACAACACAGCUGUAAGGUGGGAGGGGGGUGAAAUAGUUAAUGGGUAAGCCCGGGACGUACUGGAAUCACUUUGCGGACGGAUAAUGGUGGUGUGGUGUUCAUGUUAAGUAGAGCUGUCACCCGUGGGUCGUGAGUUGAAAUAUCCGCACAUGAUUCUAUGGUGCCGAUGUUGGGAGGUUUGUGAGACCACAACAGUUAACCCGUGUGUAAGGGGAACUUUUUCGUCAUCGUGAUUUAUGGUGACCCAUUCAAGAAGGUAUUCGAAUUGAUCAAGUGUAGUUACUCGGGUCGAUUGUCAUUGAAUGGAUUGUGGCAGUGUUCCCGGAGAAGUCCCUUUAACAUGUACAAACAUUGUCAUUUGUGUUAAGAGAACAAAGUUUUGCUUGGCUUUAUUACUUUGAUGUUUAUUUGAAAUGUUGGGAAACACGUUGAAUCAGAUCGUCAUAUGUAUUUAAAAAGAACCCAACAACAAUAUAUUUAACGUUCGUAGAAACAUGGCAGUUAUUUGCUAUCAACUUCUCUCUUCCCCACCAUGUUUUUUUUUUUUUUUUUUUUUUUUAACACAGGCUGGGUUUUUUUUUUUUUUUUUUUAUUUUUUUUUAAUAAAAUUUUUUUUUUUUUUUUUUUUUUUUUUUUCCCCUACAUUUUUUUUUUUUUUUUUUUUUUUUUUAACACGAGACUGCGUAUUUGCUUUUUUAAGUAAAUGUGCUUUAAAUAAAAAUCUUUUUUUUUUGAGAAUGAGUCCCUUUUUAAUUCAAGGCUUUUGAUAGUCUUAAGGACAUGACCAGCUUGGGAUUUUCGGAGUGUACUUUGACAGCAGAUGUCCAAUCUCUUUCUGUGUCGAUGCAUUCCAAUGUUGAAGUCCAAUCCUUUGGUCAAUUACGAUCAUUGGCUUGACUUUCCUAGUUAAUACAAUAUUGCUAAUAAAUAUUUGAGGCACAGCUGACUUAAAAAAACAUGCACCAUCAUCCGAGCGAAAGCUCCUCUUUUCAAAUUAUAUGUGUUAGUUUUGGCGUUUUGAGAAAAUUAAAUCUGAUAGUGUAAACAUGUUUCGUUAUAUUGUGUUUUGCUUCAAAAUGUAUAGUGAGAAAACAGUUCAAUUCGCUAAUUUAUCAGCUCAUUGACUACAUGUCAUUACACGAGCCACAACACCCUACCUUGUUAUUAUAGUUACCAAGGUAUGAAUGACAACAAAGUCCUUUCAUUAUGCUACUUGCUUUCGUUGACGUCAUUAUAAAGGCAUACCGUAUCGCUUUUGGUUUUUAGUUUCAUCCAUCACGCGGCGAAAGAAAAUGUGUUAUUCUUUGUUCAGCGGACCAGAUGCCUCAACAUAUAUACAUUGGUUGCUGGGAGGAUAAGAUCGUAAGACUGGAAACAACACACCGUAAAAAAAAAAAUCUGGUCUCUCAGCUUGUUAUACCUGGUCUCUCAGCUUGGUAUACCUGGUCUCUCAGCUUGGUAUACCUGGUCUCUCAGCUUACCUGGUCUCUCAGCUUGGUAUACCUGGUCUCUCAGCUUGGUAUACCUGGUCUCUCAGCUUGUUAUACCUGGUCUCUCAGCUUGGUAUACCUGGUCUCUCAGCUUGGUAUACCUGGUCUCUCAGCUUGGUAUACCUGGUCUCUCAGCUUGGUAUACCUGGUCUCUCAGCUUGGUAUACCUGGUCUCUCAGCUUGGUAUACCUGGUCUCUCAGCUUUGUAUACCUGGUCUCUCAGCUUGGUAUACCUGGUCUCUCAGCUUGGUAUACCUGGUCUCUCAGCUUGGUAUACCUGGUCUCUCAGCUUGGUAUACCUGGUCUCUCAGCUUGGUAUACCUGGUCUCUCAGCUUGGUAUACAUGGUCUCUCAGCUUGGUAUACCUGGUCUCUCAGCUUGGUAUACCUGGUCUCUCAGCUUGGUAUACCUGGUCUCUCAGCUUGGUAUACCUGGUCUCUCAGCUUCGUAUACCUGGUCUCUCAGAUUGGUAUACCUGGUCUCUCAGCUUGGUAUGCCUUUUCUCUCAGCUUGGUAUACCUGGUCUCUCAGCUUGGUAUACCUGGUCUCUCAGCUUGGUAUACCUGGUCUCUCAGCUUGGUAUACCUGGUCUCUCAGCUUGGUAUACCUGGUCUCUCAGCUUGGUAUACCUGGUCUCUCAGCUUGGUAUACCUGGUCUCUCAGCUUGGUAUACCUGGUCUCUCAGCUUGGUAUACCUGGUCUCUCAGCUUGGUAUACCUGGUCUCUCAGCUUGGUAUACCUGGUCUCUCAGCUUGGUAUACCUGGUCUCUCAGCUUGGUAUACCUGGUCUCUCAGCUUGGUAUACCUGGUCUCUCAGCUUGGUAUACCUGGUCUCUCAGCUUGGUAUACCUGGUCUCUCAGCUUGGUAUACCUGGUCUCUCAGCUUGGUAUACCUGGUCUCUCAGCUUGGUAUACCUGGUCUCUCAGCUUGGUAUACCUGGUCUCUCAGCUUGGUAUACCUGGUCUCUCAGCUUGGUAUACCUGGUCUCUCAGCUUGGUAUACCUGGUCUCUCAGCUUGGUAUACCUGGUCUCUCAGCUUGGUAUACCUGGUCUCUCAGCUUGGUAUACCUGGUCUCUCAGCUUGGUAUACCUGGUCUCUCAGCUUGGUAUACCUGGUCUCUCAGCUUGGUAUACCUGGUCUCUCAGCUUGGUAUACCUGGUCUCUCAGCUUGGUAUACCUGGUCUCUCAGCUUGGUAUACCUGGUCUCUCAGCUUGGUAUACCUGGUCUCUCAGCUUGGUAUACCUGGUCUCUCAGCUUGGUAUACCUGGUCUCUCAGCUUGGUAUACCUGGUCUCUCAGCUUGGUAUACCUGGUCUCUCAGCUUGGUAUACCUGGUCUCUCAGCUUGGUAUACCUGGUCUCUCAGCUUGGUAUACCUGGUCUCUCAGCUUGGUAUACCUGGUCUCUCAGCUUGGUAUACCUGGUCUCUCAGCUUGGUAUACCUGGUCUCUCAGCUUGGUAUACCUUUUCUCUCAGCUUGGUAUACCUGGUCUCUCAGCUUGGUAUACCUGGUCUCUCAGCUUGGUAUACCUGGUCUCUCAGCUUGGUAUACCUGGUCUCUCAGCUUGGUAUACCUGGUCUCAGCUUGGUAUACCUGGUCUCAGCUUGGUAUACCUGGUCACUCAGCUUGGUAUACAUGGUCUCUCAGCUUGGUAUACCUGGUCUCUCAGCUUGGUAUACCUGGUCUCUCAGCUUGGUAUACCUGGUCUCUCAGCUUGGUAUACCUGGUCUCUCAGCUUGGUAUACCUGGUCUCUCAGCUUGGUAUACCUGGUCUCUCUGCUUUGUAUACCUGGUCUCUCAGCUUGGUAUACCUGUUCCACAUAGGCUAAUUAGGAAACACCAAACCCCCUCCGCCCCACAAUAAACGUCCGACGGAGCCGUUUGUGACUCUGGAACAAUCAUACCAUGUACCAUCUAUUCAAAAUUCUCAACGUAGACCCUUAGUUUAGCAAUCAUUAGUGUCUAGCGUUGACCCCUCAUAUAGUUACAAAAUGGACCUUCUUUUGUGCUAUGCCUUUUUCUGUACUGAACGUUUGGACACAUGAUGUGUUAUAGGAGACCCAGUGAUACCAAUCGACCAGUUUGGCACGUAGUUUUGUUCUCAACAUUGCCGUUGUCAAUACCGGUAUCAUGUUUGCCAAUGUCUUGGCGUCGCCGUGUGCUAUCUUUGCUAUUUAGAUACAGCAUCUGCACAAAGUCAAUUGGCGUGUAUAGAGCACGUGCCAUAUGCCACACUUUUGCUUGUUUUUGUAUUUGUGCAGGUAUUUAUUGGGAUAUUGACUGUAGACAAAUAUACGGAUCGCUUUAUUGUAAAAUACUGAUCUGAUAAAGAGGUUGUUGAGGCAGAUCAAGCAAAGGAUGGAGUGGGGUGAACUUUUGGUCAAAACGGCAAGACUGACGGUGGUUGAUUUCUUCUUCAUUAUGGGUAAUGACAUCAGAGGCGCUGGGUAAUAUUUUCAUUGAACAUUCUUGGUACUUGUUUCGUGACAGGCCUCGCGUGCUGAAACAUUGCCCAGCGAUCAUGUAACGGGGGAGAUUUUGUCUUCUAUCAAAGUUAAUUAUUAGUUCACUUGUAUAAUAUAAGAAGGGUUGUUGGCACAAACUUGAGAACCGCAGCUAAAUGGUAUCAUCUUUCUGGUCUUUGUUGUUCACAUAUUCUAAAACUAAACCUUCACAGGAGGUCUGUGAAGACAUAAGGGGAUUUAACAAUGGCUGCUGUGUCAGACAGCCAUUACUGACAGAUACUUACCACACGAAAGGUAGCAGUAGAUCAUGUAGUUGGUAGACUUGGUAUUUCAAGAAUCAAGAAAUAGUAACUGUUCUCAGGUCAAGCCAGUGAUGACACACAGUGCUGGAUUAACCAUUAGGCAAACAGGGCACGUGCCCAGGGCACCAAUCAUUUUGGGGGCACCACAAGUCCUCAAGAAAACUUGAAAACGUGGGCUGAUUUGUAUUCUUCACUAGCAGAUCAAUUGCAUGAAUCUAGGAAUGAAUUUGAAAGAUUUGAAGAAGCUGCAAAAGAAAUAACACCAGGUGUGGAUUAUAAGUCAACUUUGACCCGUAAUCGUAAAUGAAAGACAGUAGACAUUGAUGGUGAUGCCCCUGAGGUAUGUCAGAAUGCCAGAGACAAAUUUCGUAUAUCUGCCUUCUACACCAUUGUUGACAAAUUUGAGACGGAGAUGAGUAGACAGGUAUAUAAUGAUCUAGCAGUUCGAUUUUCUUGUUUGGUGGAUGUACCACAAACAUCUCAGUGUUGUGAAGGACUAAUAAAUGAUUAUCCUAAAGAUCUGAACAAUAAUUUAUAUACUGAACUACAACAGUUCCACUCAUCUAUUCGCCACAAGUUUGGUGCAUCAAAAUAUGAGAACAACACUUUCAGUCAUGCAGAACUCUACAAAGUAAUAGUUAGAGACAACAUCGAAUGUGCUUUUCCAAAUGUAGAAAUCGCCUUGCGCAUAUUUUUAACAUUAAUGGUUACGAAAUGAGCGCUCUUUUUCUCAGUUGAAACGUACAAAAAAUCCAAGUAGAUCGACAAUGAAACAAGAAAGGCUUGAUUCCUUAUCUUUGCUGAUGAUUGAGGCAGACUUGUUGCACAAAAUUAACUUUGAUGAUGUACUCAAAAACUUUGCCAGACGUAAAUCUAGAAAAAAGAACUUUAAAUGUAAAUGUGUGCUCUCUCUGACUUUCUUAUCUAUCAAAAAAGUUACAGUUUUUUGUCUACUAUAAUUACAAAAUUAAUGAACUAUUAAUUAUAAUACAGAAAUACCUUAUUGUAGGUUUUAUAUGAGUGAUAGUAGUACAAACAUAUGUGUUUACAUUUCACCACUGUUUUUCUUUGUUAGUUUUUUGCAUAAUAUUGAACAUACCAGCAGUCAGACGAGGAUCGGGGAGGGGGGGGGCGGGGCUGUAAGGGGCACCCAUGUGGGUUUGUGCCUAGGGCACCAAGAUGGCUUAAUCCUGCCCUGGACACAUAUAAAUAUUGGCGAUAUUUUAGGAAAUUGAUAAAAUUGUUCUUUAUUUGAAGAGUUUUUGACUAAACUAAUGCACUUACAACUUGUAGUACAAGAUACUUAAGGGUCAAGUGAUAGCAUUUAACACAGUAUGUUAUUUCAUUCAUACCAGGAAUAGGUAUGUGUCCAUCUCUUAGCGUGUUAAAACACACUAGUAGCAGUAUAGUUCCGGUUCAUAAGUAUCCAGCACACGACACUGGUUUGUGUGAGUUCAAAUAUUCAUGGAGUUUUUGUUUUGUUUUUGUUUUUACUUAUUUCCUCUAGUGUUUUGGAACUGAUGUUGUGAUAUUACCAGGAUACAACUUGACUGAAUUUGUUGCGUCUUAUUACACCAUUCUCUGUUUUAAAGGAUCUAAAGAUAGACUAUAGUUUUUCCACGUCAGCCAUUCCCUUUUAUUCAAAAAAUAUUUAAAAGGGAAUAAAAUUGAUCAGGACCUGGAGUUUUCAGUUAAUAAAUUUGUCACAUUUAAUAAAUCGUUGCACACCAUUCUUUGGGAGGCCUGUCCAUCUAUAUAUAUAUAUAUAUAUAUAUAUAGUCAUGAUAUACGGUGUCUAAAUGAUGCAGUGUCCUUUUCUACAUGGGGAAAAGCGCAAGUCUUAUCUGUGGAAGGUAGGAUUCAUUUUUAUACUCUUCAUCAUACAUGCUUUAAUAAUUUCUUAUACCGGUACCACUGUUAUCAGUUUGUAUGCUUUAAGUUGACUUAAAUUGUCUUGAUUACUAUUCUAUGAAAUGGUCCCAAAGGGACAAACAUUUAUGAAUCUGAAUAUGUUGUGAAUAUCCACUGAAGUGUAACUUGAUUUAUGUAUAUUCAUUCCCCAGACGUUAAAACUAAAUCCGGUUUUGUGAGAAUGUGUGCUAAUCAGUAAUUAGGGCACUUGACUGUUUGUGUCAUAACUUUAUGUUAGCUAAUGCAUAGUCCCAAUGAAUUAGUAUAACUAAUAUGUUUAGAAGAUAGCAUAAAAUGUUUCCAGAUAGCUAGAGGAAUGGACCGGGGAACUGAAGUAAAUUAAGCUGUAGUGAAAAAGCCAGAUUUAAGAAGUGUUUCUAUGGUCUUUGUUACUAUUCUGUUAGCCUUCUGACUCAAAGUAGCAAGUAGGAUGGGGUGAAGUUGUGACAAAGUAGCAAGUUGGAUGGGGUUAAGUUGUGACAAAGUAGCACGUAGGAUGUGGUGAAGUUGUGACAAAGAAGCACGUAGGAUGGAGUGAAUUUGUGUGAUAAAUUAGCUAGUAGUAUGUGGUGAAGUUGUGACAAAGAAGCACGUAGGAUGUGGGGAAGUUGUGACAAAUUAGUAAAUAGGAUGUGGUGAAGUGAAAAAGUAUCAAGUAGAAUGGGUGGAAGUCUUAAUUAAACCAAAUUUUAAGUCAAAUGAUAAAAAUACCAUCUAUAUUGAAAAAAAAAAUGAAGUUGAUGAAUUCAGUGACGCAACUAAUGAUUAUUGGCUUUGUGGCUGAAUCUAUUACUAGGGGCACGGCACGUUGGUGAACUUAUCUCGACCCUCAUUGUUGCCAAUUUAAUGUGGAAGAAUUAAAUGACGCCUUGAGUGGUCAUUACCUGAUGAUCGUAUUGAUUCUCUGCCUCAGGGGCCUGAUCAGUUAUUCAUGAUUAACCCCGAACGUCUAAGGUGUGUGCAACAUUCCUUUAUGAUUUUGUAUUAUGGAAGAACAGGUUGAAACAGAAGUUGAUAAAAUAUAAACUUAAAUCGUUCCAAUCCAUAAUGAUUAAAUCCGUUGGCUGUUUUGAAAAAUAGCUUUUUUUUCAUGAUUUCGUGGUGAUUAAUUUUUGUUUCUUUUGUUUCCAUUAUGCAAGUAAAGGCCGAAGUAAAUACGACAGAUUUGCACUUUGGUUGUAUAUUUAUUAAAUGUUAAAAAAAAUAAAUGAACUAAUAAAUUUUAACCCUCUGUAUGUGCUUGUAAAGAAAUUGAGCACCAUAUUGUAGUAUUGCAGUGAUUAAUCAAAUCGUUAAAUCAGCUUCUAUUUAUUCAUGUUCAGGUAUUCCUUAUAAGGCCUUGUAUUAAUUUGGUAGGAUGUAGUGAGGGAAGUAACUAUGAAUGUUAUGGUAAUAGUUUUUGUAAAAUGUAUUAUUCCCCUUUGUAAAUUAAAAUGCUUUUACUUACUGACAAGGAGCUUGUUCACCAUGUAAAACAAAUUGCUACUGCUUAAAAUGGAUUUUCUAAAAAUAGUGAUAGGGUUGGGGGGGGGGGAGUAGUGGGAGGGAGGCAUGGCGUUGGAUAUUCGGGAAAAUGCCUCUUUAUUCAAUCCGCAAAAGCGCUCUGCCGUCGGAGAAAACAUAAAUAAAUGUAGUUGAAAAUGUAAAACACAUUGCUUUUACUUACUGACAAGGAGCUUGUUCACCAUGUAAAACAAAUUGCUACUGCUUAAAAUGGAUUUUCUAAAAAUAGUGAUAGGGUUGGGGGGGGGGGGAGUAGUGGGAGGGAGGCAUGGCGUUGGAUAUUCGCGAAAAUGCCUCUUUAUUCAAUCCGCAAAAGCGCUCUGCCGUCAGAGAAAACAUAAAUAAAUGUAGUUGAAAAUGUAAAACACAGACAUACAUUAAACUAACCAUUAAAACAUUUUUAAAUAGGGUGAAGAUUUGCAACUAAAAUAUCAGCAAUCUUUUGGAGAUUUGUGACUCCAUUUUCAGUAGCCCCUAUGUUCCUGUCUGUAGAUCACUUUCACUGCUUUGUUACCAGGCAUCACCCAAGGUGACCUGCCCAACUCAUAAAAACCGAACAUCGAAGCAUCAGCAUCUCAAAAAUAAUGUCCAACAUCUCACCAAUUUCAUGUAGCUGUCUAGUAUUUUACAAUUUAAAAAGGCAUUAAUGAAUGAAGUUUAAAUUCUUUUACUAUGUUUAUAUACAUACCAUUUUUGCCAAUGAGCUGUUGUUAGUGUAUUUUAUGUGUGGACCAAAUCAACUCGACCUCUUCCACUAAUAGCCCAGGGAAGCUAAAUGGUGGGACACCGCUGUCCUAAAGCAAAGUUGAAUUAAUGGGGUUUAUAUCUCUGAUGACGAUAACCAAGGUAUUACGGAGUAGCCUCUAGAUUUGGCAAUUCUUCCACGUGUGCUUGAGCAGUUUUAACGUUAUUGCCUGCCUCCAGUUACAGUCCAGCCAGAAAUCCGCUGCUUUGCCCUGCCAGCUCACAUAACUCACACACGAUGCACACACUUAAAUAGCUUAAUUAAGACCACUUGUUAAUGGUAUUAUCCAUUUCAUUACUCGUUCAAAGGAGUUUUCUUCUCUUGUUAAUAGUCGAAUUCCAAAAUUUUCUGUACGGGUAGUUAAAGUAGCUAUUCAACAUUGACCUUCAUACAUUCCAAAUAUACAGUAGUUGAACGUCUCUUGUAAUAGUUGUUUUAUUUUAAUUCCCUGUAAAUUUUAAUACAUUUGAAGCGUUUACAUCUCGACAAAUUAUAUGUAUAGCGUCAUCAAAGAAAUAACACCUAUUUUAUUUUAUUUUUAAAUCUAGGUGAAUCCUUUUUUUGUUUUUUGCUCUUAAUUUUUUAAUGAAAAAAAACUGAAAUGAAAAGGCUGUCAAAAGUCAGACGCGUGUAGGCGCAAAUCUCGGUUAAUGCUUGUGAAUGUCUGAGCUGGCUUGAGGUUGACGUGUGUAGGUGCGCCACAUGCGCCCAGGGUACCGGUUUUAAGAGGUGCUUGUAAUGAUGCGGCAGUUUGUGUGCUCGACCUUUUUCCUCGGAGGUAUUCCCUCUCCAGAGAGCUAUAACAAGAACAAGUGACGAAUUUUUUCUUAGAUCCGCCAGAAUCCAUCCAACAUUUCUAUACAAUAAAAACACACGUGUUUACUACAAAGAUAAAUAAUUACGCUAUAAAACAAACUUAGGAUACUAAGACCGAAGUAGCCAUUACAUAAUGACCGUCAGAGCUUGUCAACAUCACAUUAGAUCCUACAUGCCAUCUUUCUUAAUAUCUGAUAUCACUUACCUUUUAUUAUGUACUUUUUUAAUGUUAAAAAAAUACAAAAUAAUAAAUGCGGAAUCCAGCUGCAUGCUAAGGCGUAGCCAAGGGGGCAGAGAGGCAGAUGUUCCAGUGCGCCAGCCUAGUUAAGGGCGCCAAAAUGGGUCUUGGUAUUUUAAAUAAUUUUAUAAAUAGGAAUUUUACAGUUGAAAGGGGCGUAAAAAUAAAUCAGGUCCCCUGGCACCAAACACUCUAGCUACGCCUCUGGCUGCACGGAUAUUGUGAUGAAUUGUAAUUGUAAUCAUGGGGGACUGUGCUUUCCCCUAAUAUGAGGUUAACAUUGCGAAUCACAUAUAAAUGUACACAUUUGAAUGUACACACAUGUCGAUGUACACCAUUAGAUUGUGAAGUGAGCUCAUACAACACGAUACCCACCUUACCUGUCUACUGACUUACAUUACAUACUUGGUUACCGUUUGUAAUGAGUUACACGUGACGCAGCUGUAAUAAUAAUCAUCACUCGUUGAAACAGAGCUCUCUUGACUUUACGCUUGUGUGCGGUAUAGAGCUCGUAUUUCUGUUGGAUGGGACUUCACAAUGCUGGACAUUAAACUGUUACUUAUUAACGAUGGAGAUGGUACAAUUCAACUUUAGGGGAAAAGUCUUCACACUGGCUGUUUGUUACCUGACAUAAUCAUGGCGAAUGGUACAAGAUUCAUCAGCUGGCUGUGCAUUCAUUAGUAAGCUGUGUUGCCUUUUGAAUUAUAUAAAUUGUUUUAAACAUUGCUGCACGGUGUUUGCCCCCUUUCUCCAGAUUUAUUCGUGAGAUUUUGGUAAGUCAUCUCAAAUCACUCAAACGUCACCUUAAUUUUUGUCUUGUCAUUGACAGUUUAACUGUAAAUGUAAUGAAACGAAUUAUCAAGGAAAAGAACAACACAUUUUAAUAGGCUUUCCCACAAUUUAUGAAAGCUUAUUCCAUGUACUUUUAUACUCGGAGCCCAAUGUUCGCCCAUUUAAAACACUAUAUCAACAUGCCUCGGAAUUGAUAGAUUUGCAAAACAGUAAAUAAACAUAUAUCGGAAUUCAAAGAUUAUGGCAACAAUUGUGGAAAUAAUAAAUAUACAUACAUUGGAAUUUAAAAUUGUACAAACAAUAUAUAAACAUACAGUGGAAUUUUAACAUUGUACACAGAAUAUUUAAACAUACAUUGGAAUUUUAAGGUUGUGGACUUUCUUGUCCAUUUCGAUUUUUCUUCAGGACCUCUAUAAAUAUCACCUUGUUUUUAUUAGGACACAAAUACAAACUAUGACAAAUUUUUGUUUGUAUCCUGUUUGUCUGUGCAACUAAGGUUGCUUCAAACUUGCGGUCUAAAGACUAGACGUAUUAAUUAGGGUUGCUUCACACUCGCGGUCAAAAGACUGUACGUUUUAAUUAGGGUUGCUUCACACUCGCGGUCAAAGGGCUGUACGUUUUAAUUAGGGUUGCUUCACACUCGCGGUCAAAAGACUACGUUUUAACUAGGGUUGCUUCGCACUCGCGGUCAAAAGACUGUACGUUUUAAUUAGGGUUGCUUCACACUCGCGGUCAAAAGACUGUACGUUUUAAUUAGGGUUGCUUCACACUCGCGGUCAAAAGACUGUACGUUUUAAUUAGGGUUGCUUCACACUCGCGGUCAAAAGACUAUGUAUUAAUUAGGGUUGUUUCACACUAGCGGUCAAAAGACUGUACGUAUUAAUUAGGGUUGCUUCACACUCGCGGUCAAAAGACUGUACGUUUUAAUUAGGGUUGCUUCACACUCGCGGUCAAAAUACUGUACGUUUUAAUUAGGGUGGCUUCACACUCGCGGUCAAAAGACUGUACGUAUUAAUUAGGGUUGCUUCACACUCGCGGUCAAAAAACUGUACGUUUUAAUUAGGGUUGCUUCACACUCGCGGUCAAAAGACUACGUAUUAACUAGGGUUGCUUCACACUCACAGUCAAAAGACUGUACGUUUUAACUAGCGUUGCUUCACACUCGCGGUCAAAAGACUACGUAUUAACUAGGGUUGCUUCACACUCGCGGUCAAAAGACUACGUAUUAACUAGGGUUGCUUCACACUCGCGGUCAAAAGACUACGUAUUAACUAGGGUUGCUUCACACUCGCGGUCAAAAGACUGUACGUUUUAACUAGGGUUGCUUCACACUCGCGGUCAAAAGACUGUACGUUUUAAUUAGGGUGGCUUCACACUCGCGGUCAAAAGACUGUACGUUUUAAUUAGGGUUGCUUCACACUCGCGGUCAAAAGACUACGUAUUAACUAGGGUUGCUUCACACUCGCGGUUAAAAGACUACAUUUUAACUAGGGUUGCUUCACAUUCGCAAUCAAAAGACUGUACGUAUUAACUAGGGUUGCUACACACUCGCGGUCGAAAGAAUUUGCAUUAUUUUUCUUGAAACUCGACUUCUCUAAGACUUAAUCGCUGCUAUGACCGUCUUUGCGUUCCUUUAAUAGAGUUAUUAUCUUAAGGAGUCGAGAAGACACAGUCCUAGCCAGUGGCCCGAUUGCAUCUCUGGCAUUUACUGGGAAAUGAAUUCAGCAUAAUAUAAUUUUAGAGCACUAUUGUAUUUGUAGCUAAACUUUUAUAUCCCUGAUCUAUAUGCAGGCGUGACACCGUGGCCCCGAAACAUUUUUGAAACAUUUCGGCUGAAAUUUUGAGUUAGGUCUAGUCAGUGUAGGGAACUCGUCACUCUUCCUCUAACUGUGAUUAAACACCCUGUCUGUGAGCGAGACAUCAGCGGACAUGGGGAUUCCAUGUGUGGGUGGUCUAAUGAUGGCUAGAACUCAAGACUAACUAACUUUAAAAAGUGUACAGUGCCUCUGGCUUUUUUUUUUCUUCUCUUCUUGACUUGUACCUGCCCAAGGAUUCUAAGUUCAAGAAAACGGUGGCUGUUUAAUAUAAAUGCUCUCGGGUUAGAAACAUUAAAGAUGAUGUCAGGUGAUAGUUGAGGAAGAGUGGCUAAUGUCAUGCAGGUCUUCUUGUCUCUUGCAGAUAAAAAUGUAUCGAGGCUUUCUGUAAGAAACACUAUUCCAGUUCAGAUCUCCCGGAUAUGAUUCAUUUUAUUAUGUUUUUAACAAUAUUGAAUUCUAUUAUGAUUUUUUAUUUGUUCUACUGAUUUCUAUUAAAAUUAUAGAAUUACUGCUUUCACGAUGUUUAAAAAAAAAAGAAGAAAAAAUGCGUAACUAUUAUUUUGGAUGAGGGUGUUCGCAGUUUUGAGCAUUAAAUGACUUCCAAGCCUCAUUAUAUCGGGGCAUGUUAAUAAAAUUAAAACAUUUUAAAUGUAAACAUAUGGGGUCCUUAUAAAUGGCCAGUUUCCAAUAAAGCAUAUGGAUAUACAUCUUACAAUGCUCAAUUUUAAUUAAUUUUUUUUUAAAUUGAUAAUUUGUAAUGAGUUUCUCCAUCUCUAACCAAAAGUUUUUCCAAAAAAAAAAAAAAAGGACAUUUUGCUUAUUCAAUUUUAUUUAAGUUUCAAAUGUGUGUUGUUUCAUCCUACACUGUGCUUAGUUUAGAAAAGGUAUUUGUGCCCUAUAGACCUGACGAUGCUGAAUCUCCCAAUGUAUCCCAGUCCACCCACCAUCGACCGGUGUGGAGGAGUUGUCUGUAAGGGAAGUAAUAACAAGUCAGAUGCGUGGGUGGAGUGGGUGGCGUAAAGAAAAUCUGGUGUGUGUGGUUGGGAUGGUGAUGAGCUCCAAUAUUUUUUUUUACUCGUGCCUUAUUUGAGGCAGUGGGAGAAAAUUUAGAUUGUUUGAAACUGAAGGUUGGAGGAUGCAGCUGAAUUUAGAAUAAGUUUGUCCGAUGACGUGAUUUAACUCUGUUACUCUCUAGGAUGUAUGAACACAGUUGGACUUUAGAUUAACUCUUUUUUUUCCAUAUACCAUUAUGUAUGGAUCUAGCUUCAGGUUCUUUGAGUGCUUUCAAUAUCCGUAAGUUUAAAAUUAAUGCUCCUUAAUCUCUAAUGUUGUUUUACGUGACUUUGAGUCUCAGAAUGUGAGCUGUGUUCUCCAAAUUGUCUUCACUGCCAUCAGAAAAUGUGAGCCGGUUAGGCUCUACAGAGGCCAUAGAGAUAAGGUUACUGUAGGCACCCGUGAUCAACUAGGUAGCGAUUGGGUUUUCAUUUCCGUAGUUGAGACUAUAGUUAUGUUUAAGGGGACAAGUUGAUUUCUGAAAGAGAUGUACUGAGAUGAUUGACGUUGUCUUAUUACGGUCACUCUCAUGUUUAACAUUGGCAUCAAAACUUAAUAUUAAUUAUGAGAACGUCGAGGUCCUUUAGAUCCCAGACAUUUAUGUUAGUUAAAAAAAAAAUUAAGUUAAAAUAAUUCACGAUUGAUUGAACUCUAUUUGAUACAUUGUGCGUUAGCUCAUCUGCCAAGGCUACCGGUGUAUAAAAUUCCAAUAGCGGAUCCUUAAAAAGAAAUCGAAGAAACAAGGUACCCAUGUUUUGCUCACUUCGCGUCUCCAUCUUAUAUUUUACAUUGAUCAUUUCUGAAGUACUCCAAGAUACAAAAAAAAAUAUAUAUAUAUAUAUAAACAUAUAUAUAAAAGACUGGCAUAAGCCCAAUGUUCGGUUUUUGGCAAGUAUUAAAAACACAGAACUGUUUAUCACAUGCCUACCUACAGGUAGUGGUUGAUCCAAGGCGCUGACAUCUCAGCACAUAGCUCGGGUUGUUAUGCGUAGAAUUACGUUGUAUUUGCAGUAGAUAAAAUGAAAAACGAUUAUUUAUUUAAGGAAACCUCACAUAAAAUAAGUGUUAUGUUGGUGAGUGUGAUUUUGUGGAUGUGUGUGAGUGAGUGAUCCGGCUGUCCAACUUAAUAUGUUUGCCUUCACUUUAAUUUCUUGUACCAUGCCUGGCAUAGCUGGGUACUAUCACACACAUGGUGGUAGAGCUGGGCACUACCACACACAUAGUUGCAUAGCUUGGUACUAUCACACACAUGGUGGUAUAGCUGGGCACUACCACACACAUUGUGGUAGAGCUGGCCACUACCACACACAUUGUGGCAGAGCUGGACACUACCACAUACAUUGUUGUAGAGCUGGACACUAUCUCACACAUUGUACUGCCACACACACUGUGGUAGAGCUGGACACUAUCAAGCAUAUUGUGAUAUUGCUGGGCACUAUCACACACACUGUGGUAGAGCUGGACACUAUCACACACAUUGUGGUAUUGCUGGGCACUAUCACACACACAUUGUGGUAUUGCUGGACACUACCACACACACAUUGUGGUAUUGCUGGGCACUACCACACACACAUUGUGGUAUGCUGGACACUACCACACACACAUUGUGGCAUUGCUGGGCACUACCACACACAGCUUUGUGGUAUUGCUGGGCACUACCACACACACAUUGUGCACCAAGUUUUUAGAUUGCCUCUAAAUCUAAAAAGUGAUUGACGACGUCCGCUCUGUUGACUUGUACGUGUGUAGAAUACAUUUAAUGUAAAUGGCAUCACUCCGUAUUCAAGUCUAUCAAGUAACACAUAUCAUCUUCACUAGAACGUUAUUAUAAACCACAGCCCAGUAUAAAGCAUUCACGUCAUUCCGGCUCUCCUGAAUGACAUCAACUUAAAAAUUGGUUACCAAAUUACGCUCUACCAAUGAGACUUUAUCAUUUCUUAUUUAAGGAAACGAUAGCAUACAUAUUUAGAUGAUAAUGUUACAGUUUUACGUCCGUUAAAUAAAUAAAUUAUUUGCACAAGGCUUAACGCUUAUGUGAUCCCUAAUCAACAGUUAGGUGUUGUGAGAUAAAUGCCGUUGUCAUUCAGUCUGAGGUUCGCUAUUUUUACAAUUGUGCUCUUUGUUGAGCAAAUCCCGUGGCCAAAGGAUACCAACGUCUUUAUUUUGUAUGGAUGAAUUGCACUGUCCUGUAAAGUCCAUGUUCUUGUCAAAAUGCAUCACCUUCACUCUGGUUUCCUUCACAGUGACGGUGGUUUCAUUGCUCACAAUGCCCGCGGUGAUGGUUAUCCUGGUAAUGUCCCCACUAAAGUGGUCAACUACAGUGGCAACCCAGAGGGCACCACCUCCAACGGGACAGUCAAUGCUAACAGUAAAACAUCGGAAUCUCUUUAUGACCUACCUUGCUACAACGAGUAUCUGGUGAGUAUUGUCUAUAAUUACCCAGAGAGAGACAUGUAUUUGAUCCACACUGAUUUGCUGUUUUACAUCAGCUGUUAUUUAAAAAUAUUUGGUCAUCCCCAUUUAUGAUUCAGCAUUUGUGCCCUUUUUGUUUGUUUGUUUUUUUGUUUUUGUUUUUUGUUGUUAUCCAACAAGCCUCUCAGAACAACACAAAAAAAAAAACAAAAAAAAACAGCAAAUAAAAAAAUAAAUUAACAAUUUCAAAGAGAAAUAUUUUUAAAAUUCCAUCUUGGCCUUGUCUCAUAUCAGCACUGAAAAGUGUUCCUCAACGUAAAUCUAUUUUAAUUUUUUGUUUCCCUCUUAUAAUUUAAAAAAAGUCUCCCCACACCCAUUGUCUUCUACGACACCUCAACAGUGCAGGUUGUAGUAGACGGUAAGUCUGAAACACUAAAGGUGCGUGCCGAGAUUGACCUGGGGAACAAUGGGAGUGAACCAAGCAUGCAUUCUCUGAGUUGUUAUUUCAUUUGGUUACCGCCACUGAAUAACAAUCUGACAUGCUUAAUUGGGGUAAAGUAUGUGUGUCCUCAAAAAUACGUUUAACCACGUAAAAAUUCGAUGUGAAAGUGAACAUGGUCUGAGAACUAAGGCUUUAGAGCAGCCAAAGCUUCAACCCUCUAUAAGAUACCGACAGCCGAGAACAUAUUAAAAAAUAUAGUAUAAAUACAUCAUUUUUUAAAAUUCAAAUAUAUAAACAAAUAAUUUAAUCACCUUUAAAAAUAGUAAACAAAUAAAGCCUGAGCUAAUCUUACGCAAAUGUUUGCGGGUUAAAAUGAAGUUUAUUUGCGAUUUUGUGCACUAAUCCGAUUAUAAUAGAUAUUCCCCACCUUUUCUUAUUGUACCUCCACUAUUGGAGACCUCUGAAUUGCAGACCUACUACUGUAGAGAUCUUAAAUUAGACCAAACAGUUUUUUUGUACAACAAACGUUUUCAGUGGAAUGAAAUAGCAGAUUUAAAAUGUAUUAUUAGACCAAGUAUAUUUACGUGUGUCUGUGUGUGGAUUACGCAACCAGGAUAUACAUGGACAGACCCAGUGGUGUGGCUAGGUUGUGAGAGGGAAAGUGGGUCUUCCCUCAGAUAAGACAACCCCUCAUUAGUAAAUGAAUAAAAGUCAUCCCCCUUCCCCCUCAUUCUCCUGUUUACUGGUGUAUAUUAUUUCACAAAUUAACUACAUCACUGUUGGCGCAUAUGUUAAACUGUGCAAGACAUUCUACCAAUAAAACAUAUUUGCAAAUAGUAAUUAAAAAGAUGCAUAUUUCGAAAAUACAGAUUUUCACUGACCUUUGGGGGUGUCCAGUGAAACAUGAGUUAACAAUAAUGGCAUUAUCUCUCUCUCUCCCUCUCUCUCUCUCUCUCUCUCUCUCUCUCUCUCUCUCUCUCUAUAUAUAUAUAUAUAAAUAUAUAUAUAUCUAUAUAUAUUCUCCAUAAAAAAAUGAAAUACAACAAAUCUAACAAUAAACAAAUUGCUUAAAGACUUAAGAUACACAUGUGUUGUAUUUUACAAAAGAAAUCUUUCCAUAGUCAUCUAAGUCCUAUUAAUCAUCUAAGUUUUAAUAUCUGAAGAAGAUACCAGCAUAUGCAUUCUGUAUUGUAUUGAUUUGAAGCAAAUAUUUUUUUGCCGAAGGUUAUUUUAAAAAAAAAAAUCGGAGAGGUGAAUGCUUAAUUUAACCGAACACGGAAUUUUCUAUGGGCUUACAGUACCACCAGCUUUCUGCAUAACACUCAGCAGGGGAAUGUCCGCGGUGAUUACUCGACACUGUCACCCCACGAAAAUAUGUCCUACCGUUCUCACACAUCUUGGAUACCGCCGUGUCGUCUGCUGCUAUUAGUGAUACAUUCUUUGCUGGAUACCCAUCAUUCCUGAAAAAGUUUCAUAUGGAUUUUUAGGGACUCUUUUCUUACUGAAAGAAAAAGUAUUUUUAGUAAAUUAUUAUUUCGUGCACAGUAUUUUUAUUUGUUGAUUUCUCCGAGAAAUUUAAAUGAAAUUAUAAUAACCUUUCGUGACGUGAAUUCGGAUUGUGGAUUAUUUUAAAGAGGGUGACUGCUCUGGGAUGUAACAUGGAUGUCCUAGGUGACGUUCAUGGAUAUUACAUCUUAAAUGUGCCACUUGAAACUAGAUGUAACAUUUGUGUCGAAAAUUACUAUUUUAAAAAAAAAUCCAGUUAAGAUUGAUAAAACCUUAACAAUACACGACCACCAAGGGGCAGCGAGCACGCGGCGUGCCUGUCUAACUCGGUUGUCCUCCUUCACAUUCCAGCUGCCUGGAGUUUACGAUAAGCCGUGACCCACUUCUAGGAAUAAUUGAUUAGUGUCGCACAGCUACCAUCCCACCCCUAAAAACCAACCCCACCCUUGUUCCGUAUGGAUAUGUUGGAGUGUUGUCGCCCCCCCCCCCCCCCCCCCCUUCUUUUUUUUUUCUUUUUUUUGUUGCUGUUGAGUUUAAUGGCUUAACUUUGUUGAUAGAACUUGUUACUAGACUGGCGCCGUAACAAUAGGAAGUGGUAACUGCACAAAUUAUUCAGCAGUUCAUUAACUAUGAGUUGCUGGGUUGAUGUCAUUGUCAGUAAGGUUUUCAAGAUUUGACGGACUCUCACACUGCAAGUCGGCAUUAGUCAUUAAAUAUCUCUCUCGAAUCUCAAAUCGGCAUAAACAAAAAUAAUUAAAUCGAUACUAUUUUUCUGGCCUGUCUAUUCAUAGUAAAAAUACCACGCUAUUUUCUAUUUUUCCAUUUCAUUUCAAAUCAAAACAAGGGUUAAUGAAGCCACCCAAAUGAUGUGGGAUAACCUAGCUUCUCAGUUCACCAAACCACUUCCAGAUGAAUUGUAUCAAAGUCAUGUUGUAAUUUAUUUCAACUCAAAUAAUGUCAGUUUUCGAAAUUCUACUCUAUGACACUAGAUUAAAACUUUGUGAAAUAAAUUCUUCAUCAACGUGAUGGCUUAGUUACUGUUGUACUAAGCACUGCAAUGUCUCCAGCUUAUUGCUGUAGUUUAGCAGCAUUUGGCAAAUUUUGCUGAAUGCGCUCCAGCGUCUUGUAGGCCUGACGUUAUUCAUUGUUGACUUUCUUUUCUUCCUGUCCUGCCAUGCAUGGUUGUCAUCCCCUCCGCCCCCCCUCCCCCAAUUUUUCUUUUCAUAACUCAAGCCAUGUCACUUAGAGGAUUUAAAAAAAAAAAAAAAAAGUUUUCUUUUCACGUCCGUCCCUGUCUCUCCCAUUCGUGUCACCAACUUUUUAUUUUAAAAAAAAAAAAAAAAAGUUUUCUUUUCCCGUCCGUCCCUGUCUCUCCCAUUCGUGUCACCAACUUUUUAUUUCCCCCCCCCCCCCCCCCCCCUUUUUCACCUUUUCAAGUUUAUCCCCAACCCUUAAUUGUCCCGCUCUUUCUUUAAAAAAACAAACAAACAAGAAAACUUACAUUGCAAUAUUAAAGAUGAUCGGAUUACGCAAUGUUGUUAUACCUCAUGGGUUAACCUUGAACGAAAUGUUCAAGUAACAACUUGGUAUAGUAAAGUUCGCUUAAAUGAAGAGAGGUUUGCAUUACACAAUCUAAGAGUUGAGAAAGGUCUGUUAAGGGUGAAGCGUUAGAUUCCUCUGUAUUGCAAUAUGUUUGAACCGGAAUAAACAGGAGCGAUAGGGUAAAAUUACACACGCGCUCACUAUUGCUCGAGGUUAAGAGGAAAACGACCGAAUACGCUGAGAAGUUUAGGUGCAGCUGAUAUCACUAAUGGUGUAGCAAAUGAAUGUUUAAUGGUGAGGAGAAGCGUACCUGUUGUUGGCUAUCAAAUGACCUCAUCCUAGUGGAUCCGGCAUCUCAGUUUUCACGCCUACGUAGGACAUGCCGCAAGACGCACCACCAGCCACAGCUGAUAGUGUUGGCAUACACGUAUUUUAGAAACAUUUUUACAGCAUAGGAUAAACAAGUUUCGGGAAACUUGCUGGGAAGUUCUCGCCCUCAUGUCGAUCUCACGUUUACAAUUAUGUUUUAAAAAAAACCUGAAAUACAAGUGUACAGAAUAUAAUAUAAAUAAAACACACAAUUUGAUGAUAUUGAAUUGAACGCAUGGCUUGUGAACAAUUAAAAUAGUGUGUCUUCAUGUUCAAAAUGCUAGAUUGCUUCCUUAGAUUGAAGUACUGUUAGGCAAUGUUAUCUACUAGGAAUUCUUGACAGUUAUUGUAAAUUAAAUGGUGGUGUAUACAGGGGCGUUCUGACUUUUUUUGACAGGGAGAGGGUCAACCUUGCCACACUUUUGAUGACGCUUCAUAUUUGGGUCAGUUAUAAAGUUAUCUUGACACCGGUAGAAGGGGGGGGGGGAGGGUCUUGACCCCCGGAAUCUCCCCGCCCAGCUACGCCCCUGGGUGUGUAGUGGAGUUGGGGGAAAAAAAAAGGGGGGGGGGUGAGUUUACUUGAAAAUUUCCAUUCAAAUUGUUGGAGACGUUCAUGACUAAGAUUUGUAUGUCUAAAUUUCUUAAUCAAACAAGUCGACAUUCAUUUUUCUAUUAGAAGCAGUCGCAGUGAAGAGAUGUUCUAUAUCAUGGGUCCUCAAACUAUUGCACGCCAGGUUAACCCGGGCCGCUUGUCCGGGUGGCAGUGACGCUUAUGGAAACGGACAUUGACCAUCUAUUUUGACUUAAUGUUAUUUAAAUUCUUGCUUCCUUUUAAAUAUGUUAUUUCCCCCUGGUGUUUCCACUUCGCAUAAUAUACAAAGGAAUUAAUUCAUAUUAUUUUUAAUCGAUAGUCCUACCCCAAACAGUGUCUCAGGGACAUUGAACCGGUCUUCAAGUGUCUAAGGGUCACAAAACCGGCCAUUCGGUGAAAAAGUUUGAGGACCCCUGUUCUAUAUCUUGCCUUAUACCCAUUCAACCGCCCUGCCCACCCCUCCCCCAUAGUCUUGACGACCCAAUUCAGCACUGGGCCCACUGUGUUAAGGGAUUAUUAGUCUUGUUUAAAGUAUGCCUGUGAAAUUCUUGAUGCGUCUGCUGAAUUCCUGGUGGUUUUAUUGGCUUUGAAUUCCUUUCAGCGCUAGGUAGUGGUGAAGUGUGUCGUGAUCUGGUCCUACUUCAUAAUGCAUUGGCUUGUCGAUGGGCAUGUUGCGGUAUUUUGUCGUUGUACAAGUACAUUAUGUCACGGCCAUUACUUGUCCCCGCACUUACAGCAGACAACCAAAGCUCUAAUCCUGUGCACGUUCAUUUAAGUUAUUCAUCUAUAACAAAAAUAUAGUCUAAUUUGUAAAGUUAUUAAAAAUAUAGUCUAAUUUGUAAAGUUAUUAAAAAUAUAGUCUAAUUUGUAAAGUUAUUAAAAAUAUAGUCUAAUUUGUAAAGUUAUUAAAAAUACUGUAUUGAGUCUUAAAUUAAAGACGGCAGAUACUACAUUGUCGAGUCUUAUGAGUUAUGAUUAAAUAGCAGCCCAAGUAACCCCAUCACUACGCAUGUUUGCAACGAAGGCUGACUUGUUGGGAAGUUCUCUCUGUGAUGAAGAUCCUAAUGAUUACGCCAAAAUUGCUUAGUUUUCUUCUAGAUUUGUGCACAUUUUUCCUUCCCCAAUUCUUCUGUAUUAUUUCCUCUUAGGCCUAUUAAUAAUUCUAUGUCUGAUUUAGCAACAUUUAAAGCCGCAAUUUGUUUUCUGACCAGUAUUUGACAUGACCUCACUACAUUCAUAUACUUGGUUAUUAAAGGUGGGAAGAAAUUUUUUUGUUACAGCUGUUUUUGUGUGUUGUUUUUUGUGUCUGAAUAGUAGAAGACUACAAAACAACAGACGCACAUUUAUUUGUCCAAGAAAUUAUUACAUCCCCUUUUUGUUGUUGUAACCUGGUGUCGAGUAGCGUAGUCGUAGUCCAUAUAACAAAACAUCCGGAUCGUCGCUAACAUAUUAUGUAAUAAUGAAAACAGUUUUCAUGCAAUGGAUAGCGUUUGUGUUGUUCAUUGCUUUAAACAUACACAUGUUGUGACAUGGUUUUCUCCAAGUGCUUCCCUUUGCUCCACUUAAAAAGUCGACGUGAUGCCACUGUGUUCCAUUGCUAACUAACAUCGUACAUUGCUGACUUACAAACAAACCAGGUACAUUUACAAAUCUAAUCUGUCAUCAAAUUUAUUUUCGAAAGUUUGAAUUUUUCCCACCUGAAAGACAGUAAAAAAGAUCUAUGUAACUUUAAAAAAUGUUUAAAAAGUAUAUUUGUUACUAGCUCUUUUAUUUUCUAGAUUUUAAAUUAGUGUCACCUAUUUAAAGGUAAUCGUAGAAAAGGGUAAUCAUAGAAGAUGUAACGGUGCGUAAUUUCGUUUAAAUAGCAUCUUUACCGCUUAAAUUAUUUAUAUAUAACAGAUACACAAUAUAUAUAUAUAUAUAUAUAUAUAUAUAUAUAUAUAUAUAUAUAUAUAUAUAUAUAAAAAUAUAUCAAUAUAUAUAUAUAUACACAAUAAAAAAAAAAAAAAAUAAAUAUAUAUAAAUAUAUAUAAUUAUAUAUAAAAAAAACACAAUAUAUAUAUAUAUAUAUAUAUAUAUAUAUAUAUAUAUAUAUAUAUAUGUAUAUAUAUAAACAAUUAUCAUUAAAUUCAUAUAUACACAAUAAAUAAAUAAAUAAAUAAAUAAAUAUAAAUAUAUAUAACAUGGGUGAGGGGUGGGGGGGUAGGCAUUCUAGAAAAGCUUAGGCGGGGCAUGGCACAAAAAAAGGUUAGGAAACACUGGACUAGAGGAUCUUACAUCAUCCGUUAUGAUCACUUCUCUGGUUCUGGUUCAUGCAGAUCCUUUUGUCAUACGCUAAAUUAUCACAAAUCGAUCACCUACAUUCUACCCUGUGCCUAGACAUUGUAUGUUAUAUAAUUCUACCUUACCUCCCCUCCCCCUUUAAGACCGUAUUUUCCCAGUAUUCUGUUCAAUGGUGAUUUACCACUAUGUACACAACGAGCACAUGAAGGCAGUUGGGUGUUAAUGAAGCCAUAAAUUGUUCCUACGGUGGUAUUGCUCUCACCUUCCAUCGUGUAGUGUUGCUGGAGUGCUCAAACAGUGAGGAUCACUGAUGAGACGAUUGCUCUCUUUACUCUGGGCUAGUAAUAAACCCAAAAUCCACGGCAGCGUGAUUUAUUAAUAAACCCAAAAUCCACGGCAAUGUGGUUUAUGGAUCAAUCCAACAUCCACGGCAAUGUGGUUUAUGGAUCAAUCCAACAUCCACGGCAAUGUGGUUUAUGGAUCAAUCCAACAUCCACGGCAAUGUGAUUUAUUAAUAAACCCAACAUCCACGGCAAUGUGGUUUAUGGAUCAAUCCAACAUCCACGGCAAUGUGAUUUAUUAAUAAACCCAACAUCCACGGCAAUGUGGUUUAUGGAUAAAUCCACGGCAGUGUGGUUUAUUGAUAGACCCAACAUCCACGGCUGUGUGGUUUAUUGAUAGACCCAACAUCCACGGAAGUGUGGUUUAUGGAUAGACCCAACAUUCACGGCAAUGUGGUUUAUGGAUAAACCCAACAUCCACGGCAGUGUGGUUUAUUGAUAGACCCAACAUCCACGGCAAUGUGGUUUAUGGAUAAAUCCAACAUCCACGGCAGUGUGAUUUUUUUGAUGAACCCAACAUCCACGGCAGUGUGGUUUAUGGAUAAACCCAACAUCCACGGCAGUGUGAUUUUUUUGAUAAACCCAACAUCCACGGCAGUGUGGUUUAUGGAUAAACCCAACAUCCUCGACAGUGUGGCUUAUUGAUAGAUCCAACAUCCACGGCAGUGGUUUGAUAGUAUCAAAGCUGUAAAACGUAGCAUUUAUUUGAGACUUAGUUUGUAACUUAAAUGUUACGUUGUGUUCUUCUGUAGGACCUGUUUUGAUAACAAAUAUUUCCAUUUUGUUCUGGUAUAUAGCGGCAAGAUCACUACAAGCUACGUUUCGAUUGCCUUAAGAAAUAGUACCCAUAAAAAACAAUAAAUAACUAUAAAUAGAAAGCUCUUGAGCAUACCAACAUUAGUUGUGAGGAUAUCUUGAUGAUAUAAUAAAUCACUGGCCGACCAACCUUAUUUCAGAUUGAUCACAGCUGCCAUGCUGGAGGCUAUACAAACUAAGAGAUUCGGUAAAUUAACAAUAACACCCACUCUCCCCCCCCCCCCCCCCCCACACACGAGUUUCUUACAGCUCCACCUGCUGACUUUGCGGUUAACAACUGCCAUAACUUCUUUGGCCAUUUGCAGUCUGAUGAUUUCUUAAUUUGUAUAUAGUUGAUCUUUACCCGUUCACCGUGAAUAAUUUAUCAACAAAUUAAUAGUGCAUUGGUAUAAUGCAAAGACAAACUACAAUACACGGGCAACAGGAAUGUUAAGAAAAGUCUCAGCCUUCAUGAGAUGAGUUUGUAAAAGAUAAGUGUAAGACAAAAUGUGAGACAUAGCGGGUAUCCGUGAUCAAUACAAGUUUACUGCAUUUCUUGUCCACUGUCGGUAUAGGAAAUGCUCAUUAUUAUUUUUUUUAAAUGCUUGCAAUGUCCUGAAAUUUCAAAGAAAGCGGAUAUGAUAUAACCAAUUCAUUUGAACUUUUCUCACAGAAAAUAAACCAUUUGUUUCCCUUGGUGGUCGUACCCCACUCUUACUAUCGUCUUGGUAUUAUGUGUUUGUUUAUAGAAAUACAAGGUUUAAAAUCAAACCGCUGCACCAAGGUCAACAAGAGGACUAUUUCAUUUGAUGCAGUAUGUCCCCGCAGACGACAGAAAAUACUCUUAGCUGGAUGACCCGCAUGGCGAUUGCCAGAAUGAAACAGAUUCUUUAAAAUAAUAUAGUCGGUUUAUUUUAGCUGUCCGAUUGUGCCUAACAUGUUUCAAUAAAGAAGUUAUAAAUGUUGGCUUGUAUUGAAAUCGACAUUGGUAGACUCGUGACAUUAGUUUAAGGCUUAACCUUGGGGGAUAGAAAAUAAUAAAAUUCAUUACUGAAAAGUUCUACUUGUAUUAAUUCAGUAAAUUAGAGUCACCAAAACAGCUCUUUAAGACUUGAUACAUGCCAGGGAAUUGUGUUUUCCGUGAAUUGUGUGUUACGUGAAUUUUAUGGUAUGGGAAUUGUAUGGUCCGUGAAUUGUGUAGUAAACAAUAUCUCUGCGAAUAGAAUUUAAAAAAUUUUUUCUUCAUGAAUGAACCCAAUAGUCCUACUAUUACUAUUACAAUUUUAUCAAACAAGGGUGGGCGCGCCCCCACUCCCUCUAGAAACUUAAAUACUAAAUCUUCUUGUUUAACAUGAUGACCAUAUUUAUAAAAAGUUGUAUUUGCUAUUUCUAAAGAAAUCAAUGCCGUCUCCGGCACUAGAAUGAGCUCCGUGGGCUACUCCCACGCCAUGCCCACUUAGCAUGACAUCACGGCUGUGUGGAAAUGGGAAUGUCAGGCUAUCUUAUCCAACUAUCGAUAAACCAAAAAUUCUUAUCAGUCAGCUAUAGAGAGGCGUGGAUGAGGUCAUCUACGGCUUUAUCCUAUCCAACGCGUGGAGCUAGUGGACAGAAAGAAUUGGCUUCCCUGUAUGUAACAUUGAUUUAUACAGCUGUUGAUCUCUCUAAUCAUGACGCCAAUCUUUGUGUUCCGAUGUGACGAUAACACUCCAAGGAGGUGUUGGGAAGUCUGGGGAACACACAUAACUUUUUAAAAAAAAAAAAAGGGGGGGGGGGGGUAAAGCGACAAUGUCCAUCUUGAUCCCUUCCCAAAAUAAGGUCGAAAGAAAUAAGAAAAGAAACUUCAAACAUUUUUAAACAUUCAGAAUAUUUAUUGACGAAGAUCAUUCAACCAUGACGAUAAUAUUGGGAGGAUAAUAUAAUGCAUAAAUAAGCCACCGAUUUAUAUCAGUACCGAUACAUUAUGAUAUAACUCGGUGGCUUACUUAUGUCAUCGAGACAAACACAAAGAGAAAAAACAGACACGCAAAUAACCCUUUAUCUCGAGCGGUUAUUUUUAAGCUCCCCCAAGCCAUUUGAAAUGAUAGUCCUUGGCCUGAUAGCGAAAUGAAACGUUUUAAUUGACUGGCUUUGUCAACAGUCAAAGAUUGAUUGCACAGGCUUCACUGGGAGCUGUAAUAGAUGGGAAUGUCAUCAGUAGCUUAACAAUCUGUCCAAAGGCCAGUACUUUUCUCUCGGCACCAGGUUCGCCUGGACAGGAGGCACCCAUUCUCUUAUACUGUUUUCCAUCAGCUGAAUUAUCGCGAAAUAAGUUUCAUCUACCUACUGGAACCGCCAUGGUUUAAGGGAUGAAAUGUAGAAAAGAAAGUUAGCGUUUUUAGGAAAUGGAAUCCAUUAUGGAUUUUUAAAUGAAUAGACGUUGUGCUAUCUAAACAGUUGCAUGCUAUCUAAAGAAUUGGGUGCUACCUAAAAAAGUUGAGUGCUACCUAAAGAGUUGGGUGCCAUAUAAAAAGUUGUUUGCUAUCUAAACAGUUGCAUGCUAUCUAAACAGUUGUGGAAUUAUUGUGUGCAAGAAACUUUUGAACUAGUUUUGUGUGUCCAUCGCCAUCAGAAAGCUGGAUAUGUGGGACUCAAUAUGUGUUUUCCAAGCAUGGUGAUUCACUUGGGCAUGAACUUAGUUCUUCAAUGUUACACCAAGACCUGUGGGUUUUUUGGACAAUCCUUUGAAACAACACUGGGAGUUAUGCCAUGAAAAUACUAUGCUGCGUCUGUCGGAAGACAGUGGCGGCAGGGGAACUGACCGUCAAGGUGGGAAAGAAGGAUGUUGAUUUUUAUGGCAAGCCCUUCCAGUUGGCGACCAGGUCCCAGCAAAACCAAACGAACAACCCACCAGCAAGCACGUGACCCGAAACACUGGGUGGACAAACUUAUUGGAAACAGUCAAAGGCCAUCAAUAAAACAUCAGGUGGGUGAAUCUUCUGCCAGGCAACACGUGCAUCUUGAUCACCAGGUGGGAAAAUUCACAGGUGAGCAUGAAAUUGAUGUGAACCACCGUGUGGAUAAACUGAAGGGACAGCAGCCACCACAAUACCUCAACCACCAGGUGGCGAAAACCCACCAAGUUGACUCCUCACAUCAGCGCAUCGUGGUUCGACAGUGUCGCAUUGGUUCAUCCAUUGCAUUCAGUCUCGUGGGAGUUCCACCAGAAAAGUUGCCCCAUAACAAGCACAUUGUAAGUAUAUAGAAAACUGGUGAAUGUGCACCUUAACAUAAUGUAAACAUGUCCAAUACAGUCUUUAAUGAACUGUAGAGUAUGCAAAAGCAUGAGCUGAUGGUGUUUAAAGUUACACAGGUACUCUGGUAUAUAUAUAACAUACCUACAAUACAAGGAAUAUGUUAUAUUACAUGAUUCCUGUUAACUUCCAAAUGCUAUGUCACACCAGAUCAAAAAGAAUUUCAUGAGUAUAUGUAGACCUACCAGUGUUUAUGGGUAUUCUCAACAACAUACAUAUGACAUUCAGCCAUCUCAGGUGGAAUAUUUGGAAUUAUCAUUAAAUUAUAAUAAAAGUUAAUUAAAGAAAAUAACAGUUAAGAUUUAUAUUAAGGAAAAUUACAGGCCAUAAGACCUUUCGUGUUUCCUUUCUUCCCUCUCACAAAACGGCAAGUUCAGAGAUCCACUAUCUGGUGGGAUGCCCGACUUAACUGGUAUAGCAUGCCAAGCAUAACAUAUUAACAAUGACUCUUGUCAUAAACAUGGACAGGUAACAUGCGCUGGCACAUAGACAAGCUGGUCCAGUGAAGGAAGCCAGCCUGAUUUAGCUUGGCUUUGUAACUUUGCAACUCAAGCUUCUAAGUCCUAAUUGGAGCUGUUGCUCUGCUCGUUUUUUUUUAAUAUUAUUAAUGGCCGUUUUUUUAUGGCGUUUUUUUUUCAUGGCCUUAUCCUGUAUUUUCACAAACCAAAAUACUUUGAUGGAAGGUCCCAUACUGACUUAAGGUAGUAGGCUGUUUAUGGGACCAUUGUUCUAUGCUCAUAUUUUUGUUUUUAUCAUUAUAAUGCGUUUCAAAUAAACAAUGAUGUUGGUGAAUAGUAUAGGUACAUAUUUUUGUAUUUAAAUACAUAUUGAUUUUUAAAGAGCCACACAAUUUUUAUGUGAAUAUAUAGUAUAAAAAGGCUUAAAAAUCAAAAACAUAGUAUUAAAACAAUCUUAUUGAUGAAAUAGCACAAUGUAUAUCUUUCAUUGUGAGCCCUCUUAAUAUUUUUGAACAUUUCUGACUUGUCUACUAAAUUUUUCUAGCAUUGCUGUGACAAUAAUGGUGCUCUUAAUUGGCUGAUAUAGAAACAAGAAAAAAAUAAUACAUUCUCAGUGACCUUUCAUAUAAAUUGAAAUAAAAUAAGUUGACAUAGGGGUUGUGAAGCUGUGAUAUAAACAUGGUCGAAGAAAUCUCCUAGGAAAUGGUCUGCUUUAGUAAUUUAAGUUGAUACUUGCUGUUAGUUUUUUGUGUUUGAGUUUAUAUGAGUAAUUCUUUCAACACUAAGUCCUGCUGGAGCUACUACAUACUAUAUGUAAAUAUGUCUAUUAAUGGGAUCAGAGUAAAUAAAACAGGACUUGCUGUGGGGUUGUGCAUAUAGAAGUUACAUUGCAUUCUUUUAAAACAUUAUUUAUGUUCUCCCCUUCUUCAAAUAUUCUUGGAGUCAGUUGCCCUGAGGCACCCUGACUCCGUCUUCACAAUGUGAUGGUGUAUUGGUGAGCAGUGGAAGGGUGGGGAGAAUGAGAUCCAAAUGUGUGCCUCUCAGGGUCUUUCCUGCUCGUGUUGUUGCUUUUUAACCCAACAGUAUGAGAGCUGUUCUAGAUAGUGGCUACUUCUUUAUCUCUCUUUGAGGAGGCUUACCAAACUAUUUGGAAUCCCCAUUCACAAGUAACAUUUCAGUUGCCCUGCUGGUCAACUGGGGUCUUGACCUCAGUGUGUUAUUUAUUUAUGCACCUUAUCAGACCUUAUCUAUGGCUUAACUCGACUUGCUCUUCAUUCCUGUUGGGGAGCUGGUCCUCACCAAAACCUUAAAUGCUAUAACAACACAGUGUUUGGAGAGGAAAUAAUAAGGUUUCUUUGAAAAAUAUAUAUACCAUUUUUCAGUGACAUAAAACUCAAGCCAAAAGACAAAAAUUCAUUUUCCAUCUCAACUUAGUAUCAUACAAAUGAGACAAAACACAGAAAGAAUUAGUUUUAAGGACAUGACUUAUUUAUAUAUAUAUAUUUUUAGUUUGCAUAAAUUUUCAACAAAAGCCAAACGCAUCGCCACUCAUCAUUAACCACUUUAUUUUUUGUAUUGGGUAAAGUAGGCCAGAAAUAACGAUAUGAAAGUUCCUUUUUUAAAAAAAGAAUGUCUUCAAUUUGAUUUCAGCCUAAUGGGAAUGGUUUCGCUGAUGGACAUGGUUUGGUUACCAUCCGGAUGAAACCAGAUGAAAAAGGAAGAUUUGGUUUUAAUGUAAAGGUAAAUACAAAGAAAAAUUUAUUUUUAAAACAGAAGAACUACAAUUAUUUUGCAUCUUAAUCUUAUCAUACUAAUCUUAUGUAAAGGAGAAGACUAUGGGACAAAUAGAUUUUUAAAUUGUAAUAAAUCGUGUCAAGAUAAGUUUAAAAAGCAAAAUUUUGCUUAAAUUUUAUAUAAAAUGUGCAAUAUUAUGAUUUUUAAAAAAGGUUGCUUGUGUGUAAUUUAGUUUAAACAAGGUAGAGCUUAAAUUUGAUGAAAGUAUCACAGUAACCAUAACAUUGUGGUGCUGGGUGGCCGAGUGGUCUAAACUGAGCAAAUCUCAAGUUGGUGGUCUGGAGUUCAAUUCCAGCUAGAGCAAAAACACCACCAGCACCCUCGUUAACCUUGGACGGCAACUCAUCUAAGAGAAGGAAACUCUGAAAUCAAACCCGGAGAUGGAGUCCCGAAAGGCGGAUAACAUUGAUACAAUGAAACAUUCCGACAACUCCUGCGAUGUCACUGGUGCCAAGCUGUAUCAUCCAAUGAUGUUCCCUUGGGUUACCCAGCGGCGUGGAGAGAGGCGAUUUGCUGUUGGGAACCAGCUUAUAAUCCUUCAAGUAUAAUAAUCCCAGGCUAUGUGGAUUUCGUCCUACAAAGCCCACUCCAUCGUCACAUUGUGACAGACAACCAGCAAAAAAAAAAACAUAAUAAAAUGAAAGAACAUUCAUUGGUCUUACAAUUUGGGUUGUGGAAAUGUUUCUUUUUAUAUCAUCACCAUCUAAAGAAAUGGGACAUUAGUUGGUUGUUUUUUUAAAUUAUAAUAUAUGUAUAGAAAUAAAAAAUUUCAUCACAUAAAAAAUGGUUAUUGAGAAGAGUAAUAUAAGCUGUACAUAGUUAAGGACCUCUCAUGCUUGAAAAUAUAUUUGUCUCUAUUCUGUUUGAUAAACUUCAAUGCAAUAGCCUGUAUAGUUACAGCUAAGGAACCAAGAAAGCCAUGUGAUGUGUAAAGCUUUAAAUGUAGUUAAAGUCCAACAAAUUAUCCUAAUUUAAUGUCUAUUGACAGGGAGGAGCUGAUCAGGGUAUGCCUAUCAUAGUGUCACGAGUGGCCCCUAACACACCAGCAGACUUGGCCAUACCACGAUUAAAUGAAGGAGAUCAGGUGUUGCUCAUCAAUGGAAGGGAUGUGUCCACACACACUCAUGAGCAGGUAUGCAUAUUAUAGAUAGUUUUGAAAUAAAGACCUUUAAUUAAAUAUUUUCUUAAUUGUUUUUAAAAAUAAUAUGACCAGAGCCAGAAUUCUGGUUAUAUUUUAAUUCUGUAAUUUCUUAUUUCUUGCUUUUCUGCAAAGUUAAAUGUAAAUAAUGUUUUUGUUGAGUUCUGAGCUGUCCUUAUUUAAAAUGCAAUCCCUUUUUUGUGUGGGAAUAAAUAUACAUUAAUAGUGUCAUCCCAUUUGUUUCAGGUUGUUAUGUUUAUCAAAGCAUCUAGAGAAACUCACUCGGGAGAGUUGGCUUUAGUCAUCAGACCAAAUGGUAUUUAUCUUAUAUUAUUAUGAUCUAUUGCUUCUAGCGACAGUAGUACCAGCUCGAUAAUAAUAACUUUUUUUUGUUAUCCAUAAUUCACAUUAGAGCUAAUUAUUAAUAUUGAUGAUCUCAACUCAAAUGAGUGAUGUGAAAAUUUUAAAUAAUAAAAUUUUGUGAACUUUAAUUUAAUUAUAAAAUGAGUUAACUGCCAGAAAUAUGCGUGAGUAAUCAAAACACUGCUGAGAAAUAAAAGUAAAUGCACUGUGGAAUAUUUAGAAAGUGCUCUGGUUAUGAUGUUAUGAUCAUUUCUGUUUUUCUUAGUAUUAUCUUUAUUUUAACAAUACAUUUUUUAUUUUAGAAAAAAAACUUAUUUUGAUAAGACUAUGCACAGCAAAUUAAAGUUUGAAAAAAUUUACAUUACAGAAUUGUUCUGUUUUGGAUAUUCUAAAUAAUCCAAAGUUAACAUAUACAAAUAAAUCACGUUACAAUUUUUACAACCUGUGUUAAAAAAAGAAGAAAAAAAACACACAAUUUUUGUGUAGUCUAAAAACUUCAUUAUUGUGUCUGUAAUAAACAGAAAAUAUUUUAUACUUCUAAAUUAUCAUCAAAAAAAGUUUUUAAAAAAAAUAUGACUAUUCUAUUUUAGUGUAUGUUGGUGAGGAUCAGACAGAUGAGCCAGAUUUCACCUACAUCCCAGAGACUCACCAAAUAGCUUCCUCAGCUUCUAGUGCAAAUACUCUAGAAUCCUCUCUUAUGCUUUUACAGGAGAGUCUAGAAAGUGGGGCUGCCAUAGCUCAGUUUGAGGUAAACACACACACACACACACACACACACAUAUAUAUAUAUAUAUAUAUAUAUAUAUAUAUAUAUAUAUAUAUAAAAGAAUGAGCUAAUUACACCAUGUAGCUGAGUUCAAUAGGGAACAAUAUAAAAUUCCCUAUAACUGCACUAAACAUAGAAUCCUCUCUUAUGCUUUUACAGGAGAGUCUAGAAAGUGGGGCUGACAUAGCUCAGUUUGAGAUAAACACACACACACACACACACACACACAUAUAUAUAUAUAUAUAUAUAUAUAUAUAUAUAUAUAUAUAAAAGAAUGAGCUAAUUACACCAUGUAGCUGAGUUCAAUAGGGAACAAUAUAAAAUUCCCUAUAACUGCACUAAACAGGAUUUACAUGUGAGUUCAAUAUCUGUGGAAACAAAAAUUCAUGCACUAAUUGGAUUCCUUAAUAACAAUGGUAGUAAUUAGUUUUAUUUUAUCAAAAUUGAAUCAAUUUAAAUCCGAUAAAAUAAAUAUGCUUAUAACAUAUAAAUAUAUGUAAUCUUUAAAAUGUAGGUAUUUUAUAAAUAAGAAAUAAUUUGAAAAUAAUAAUUGAAGAAUUAUUUAAAGAAUAUUAUCAGAAUAUGAGAGUAAAUGUUUUUAUACAAUUUUGACAGCAAAAUUAUAAUAGCCAAUUUUCAGGUUUUCCCAAUCGCUAAGGAAGCUGAAGUGCCUACUAAAAGAGCUUUUUAGUUUUAUCCCUCUGGCUUUUAGAUUUAUUUAACCAAAUGAUUCAGAGCCCCAUCUACAGUUUAUAAAGAUAUUGGUUUCUGUUUUCAUUUCUUCAGCAACUGUAUCGCAAGAAGCCUGGACUCACUCUAAAUGCUGCUAGGCUUGAUGCCAAUAUUAACAAAAACAGAUACAGAGACAUCUCACCAUGUAAGUCUUACUAUCAUAUUACAGGUUAAAAUAUUACAGUUUAAUGAUGAAUUUUAGAACUUGAGACUAAACAAAGCAAUACAUUUUUUGGAGAAAAAAAACUCUUUUUAAAUCUUCCCUUGAGAAACAGUACAUUCAAAUAUAAUAUAGCGCUCCUUUUAAUAAUUUUAACAUAAUUUUUGUUAACAGCCAAGAUUGUUUCAAGAUUUAAUCUCAUUUAAUUAUAUAAGUUUUGAAACUUUUGUUUUGACUUGUUCAGAUGAUCAAACAAGGGUGGUGUUAAAAAGUGGAACUGCUGGCGAUUACAUCAAUGCUAAUUUUGUAAAUGUGAGUACAAUUGAAACAAAAUGUUUAAAAAGUGAACUGUAACUGGACUUAUUUAGUAUAUGUAAUAGAGUUCUGUGUAUUUUACUCAUUUGGACAUUGUCGAUUCUUGAGAGAUCGAGAGAGAGAAAGAGGCAGUUUAGAGGACUGUAAUAAAUUAUUCAAUUAGUAGCGGCAAGCCAUCACCUACAUUGAACUCAUGGAUUUAGUUAACAUUGUAUGAGUAACUUUAUUGAAUCGCAAGCACCAUCUUCCGUAAGAAGGUUACCAUAUACAAUUGUUACAUGAACCUUAAAUGUGUGUCUUUUAUCCAGUUUUUUAACUAAUCUUUUCUUAUAAACCAAGAAACGAUUUUGUUGUUUAAUUUUGGCUUACAAAGGAAUCACUUGUUUUUUUUUUCUACUUCACAUUAGAUGGAAAUUCCAGGUUCAGGUAUAGUAAACCGCUACAUUGCUGCGCAAGGUCCACUACCUAAUACUUGUAAUGACUUUUGGCAGGUACACAGUAAACAGAUUUUUGGUUGCUUUUAAAGUAGUAGAACAUCUUUAUCUAUCUAUUAAUAGUGCACAAUAAUAUUGCAGGAAGUAAUCAAACCUUUUAUUUUUUUUAUAUUGUUUAAAAUUAAUUUUUACUGCAUAUUAUGGUUUUAAAUCUUAAAAUUCAUCAACAGUAAAAAAAAUGUUUCUUGUCGAUUUUUUAAUUUUUUUGUAAGGCAAUUUUACCAUAAUAUAUGAUUUAUAUUAAUUACUUUGAAUUUGAUGAAAGUUAAAAUUGAUAAAAAGAAUGUUAUUUCCAGAUGGUUUGGGAACAGCAUUCAUCUCUAGUGGUCAUGCUGACCACAAAGGUUGAACGUGGCAGAGUCAAGUGUCACCAGUACUGGCCCCAGCUCUACGAGACUGAAGAUUUUGGUGCCAUUCAGAUUACAUGUGUAAAGGAGGAAGAGACGCACUCGUUUGCCUUCAGGGAAUUUAAUUUGACACAUGUUGAGACCAGUGAGGAAAGGCACAUCAGACACAUGCAGUACAUUGCAUGGCCAGAUCAUGGGGUACCAGAUGACCCUAGUGAUUUCUUACAUUUUGUCAUUCGUGUUCGACAGAACAGAGAUGGCAUGGUAGAGCCCACAGUCGUUCAUUGCAGGUAUUCGAAUGGCCAAUUUUUUUUUUAUAUAGAGUACUGAAUCUGGGUCAAUCAAUAUUUAUUGCUUUUAUAAUAUAUCUUAAAAGUCAAAAUUUGUAACAAUGCUAUUGGUCAAAAUAUUCCAACCUGAUUAUAUUACUAGUGUCAUUUGAAAGACGUAUGUUUUGUUAUUUGACUCUGAUCCAAAUGUUAAAUCCAUCUCGCAUCUAAAGAAGUCCAUUUACAAAUAUUUAUUGUUCAAAUUAUUAGUGCUGGAAUUGGAAGGACUGGUGUGCUUAUAACAAUGGAAACCGCAAUGUGUCUUAUAGAAGCUGCCCAGCCUGUUUAUCCUCUGUCCCUUGUUCGGCAGAUGAGAGAUCAACGAGCUAUGCUUAUUCAAACUUCUGUAAGUUGAAUUUUUGUUUGUUUGCAGUCUUUAAUUUUAAUUUCGCUGCCUUUUUUAAAAUUAUUAUUAGAUCUAUUAUUUAUAGUAUAUUACUUUUUAUUAUUUAUAUAUUUUUUUUUAUUGUUAGAUAUCAAAUAAUUUAUUUUAUCUAAAUUAUUCAGUUUGAUUAAAUGGGAGCCGCUUAGUCCAUUGUUUUGUCACGUGAUGAGAGUAAAUACGAGUAAGACUUCUGGGAGGCUGUAUGCAACACACUAGUGCUUGACAACAGUAGCCCAUUACACACUACAACUAGUAAUUCAAGAUGCCUAGGCAAUGUUUGGCUUUUGGCUGUUCAAACAGUCAAGUUAAGGACAGCGGUAUAAGUCUGCAUAAGUUUCCGCUUAAGGAUAAAGAAAAUUUAAGACAAAAUGGCUUGACAAAAUGGAUCUUCGUUAAUUAUUCACAUGAAAUCUUGUUCCAACCGGUUAUUAAAAUAUUCCUUCGCCGCACAAAUAUUGAAUAAACACGCAAAUGACGUCAUGGGUAUGCCGACAUUUCGUCCAAUGAAAAUUAACAUAAAAUAAACAAAGGGGAAUGACUCUUGCACAAAUAUUGAAUAAACACGCAAAUGACUUCAUGGGCACGAAGCUCAACAACAGCCUGCCGAUGAUAGUUCCCAUCGAAUAUCGCUCACAAAUUUUUCUUGAAAUAACUUUCUUCCUUUAAUCAUAACUGACGUAUAUUUAUUGUCACAUUUAUGUAUUUCAUUUAAAAAACAUGUGUAUUCCAGAAUAUUUUGAAAAGUAAAAUUUUUAAGUAACAUGACAUUGGGGAAGCACUGAUGAAGACGAACAUUUUUCUGUAAAAUUAAUGGCAGAUCAGCUGUUACCUUUUGUGAUGGCUUACUCUCAUCGCGUGACCAAACAAGGCAGUGACCAAGCGACUCCCAUUAAGAUAAAUUGGAAAUAUUAAUUUUUUUGUUUUGCAGUAAAAUACUAUAUACAAAAAUAUCUUGAAAUGGACAUCAUUUAAAUUGAUACAUUUGUUGUUGGUGGUUUGAUUUUAAAAUAGGAAAUUGUUCAUCUAGGAUGGCACACAUUACUGAAAUACCAUUUUUGAAAUUUAACAUUAUUUAUGAAUUUUAACAAAUGAUUUUUUUUAGUAUACUAUUUGGUGAAUUUCUCUGACUUUUUCCUAAGAAAUUAUUUAUUUAUUUCAGAGUCAAUACAAAUUUGUUUGUGAGGCAAUACUAAGAGUUUACAAUGGUAAGUUCAAUUUCUUGAAGUAUCAUUUUCAUAUUUUUGGUAAUUAAAUUUUAUAAUAGCCUAACUUAUAAUCAAAUUAAAUGGUAGCCAUGGGUUUUCAGCCCAACAUUGCAGCAGACUCCUAACAAGCUUAAUAUGGAUGUUGCCCAGGGAAAACAGCUGAAUGUUGGAAUGACUCAGCUGUUUAGGCUCAAUGCAUGUUACUAAUUAAAAGUAAAGAAUGGUGAAUAAUGUUUUAAAUUAUUUUUAAAAUUUAAUUAUUAAUUUGCCAAAUACAGUAUUAAUAAUGUAAAAUACUGGUAUUUUGUUUGAUUUCAGAAGGUCUUGUGAAACCUCAUGAGGACUUCAGGAGAUGAGGCACACAUCCAGCUAACACUGUCAAACAGCACUGGGAUGUUAAUAAACUUUUAUGAGUUUGAAAAUGUUCAACAACAUAAAAACAGCCAUUCGAACUACUUCAUUUUCAGUUGUGGACUACUUUGUUUACCCAUGCAGUGACCUCCCCUCACCAUCUGCUCAAUUUCAAUUUGGACUGGAAUCUGUGUCAUUGUUAAGUCAACAAUUUUCAGGAUCUUCUGCUGACUGUAAGAGCAGAAAAGUGAAAACAGAAACAUCUAUUUUCUUUUGAUGGAAUUAUUGAUCACAUAAGACAAUGGCCAACAUGAACUGUUUCAAUAUGAACCAUGUUGUGUGUUAGAGUUUCCCCACAUUGUUGUGCUCAUUGUUUUAUCACAGUCCAUGUUCCUCUACUGUGUAGUCGCCACACAUGGAGUGACCUAAUAUUGCUUCAAGGAGAAAUAUUUUAGUCUUUUAAGAUUUAGAAUUGAUACAAUUCCUUUUAAGGCCUGCUAAACCACCAAAUGUUACUUGAAUCAAUCUUUCAUGGAGUUUGCUCAUAAUUCUGACCAGUACUGAGGUGCUCUAAAAAAGUGUUUAAUUUUUUUAAUAAUUUUCUAGUGUAAUUUGAUAAAUUUAUGAAUAUUAUAUAUAUGCCCAAUUUACUCGAUUAUUCUUAGAAAUGAAUGAUGUGUUUUUUACUUGAUUUAAAACAACAAUUUUUGUAUAGGUACAAAAAGUUCAUUUAAAUAUUUGGAACAGAUAGCAGUUCAUUUAAAUAUUUGGAACAGCUUUACGAUUAUUCUAAGAUCUUGGUGUUUCAUUAUUUUUUUUAUCUGGACAUUUUUUUUUACUAAGGCAUUUAUUGUAACAUUAAGUAAUUGUUACCUAAAAAAACAACUGAAAAAGACUUAAAGAUAAUGUGAAUAGUCCACAUGCUAAAUUUUUUUUGUUGUACACACAUUUCAAAUCCUGAUUUCAAGCUUUUAGUUUUAGGGGCAUAGAAUGAAAAAAUAAAGUUAACAUUAAUUUUGGAAGAUUUGUCCUGUAAAUGUACCAUGUUUAUGAUGACUGGUUUUUACAAACUAAAAUUUUUUGUUUUUACUAAUUUUAUUGAUGUUACAUUUUUAAAUAAAGGACGUUUUCAAACAUUAGGUUAAGAAAGCAAGCCACUGCGUUGAAAAUGUAUAGAAUCACCUUCUAUGAUUGAUACACUGGUGAACUUGUGUUCUAAAUCAUAAAUUUCAUUCAACAUUUUAAAUAUGGUUCUAUGUGAUUGCAGUAUUUCAUUAGCAAUACCUUCUUGAAGAUCCUCUCAAUAUACUAUUCAUUUUUUCAAAUAUAAUGUAAAACUUUAAUGUUUUGCAUAGUAUACCACCAUUAUGUCAGUAUUCACUUCCUUCAAUAAAAACACUUUAAUUUAUGACUGAUUUGCAUUUGGUAGAUAGUCUGUGUUUUAUCAAUGGUAGGGCCUAUCUAUGGAACUAGAUAGAUAGUCUGUGUUUUAUCAAUGGUAGGGCCUAUCUAUGGAACUAAAUUUUAAAAAUUAUUCCUUUGGUUCAUUCUUAACCACUGGCAAGAAACUGUAAUAAUAGUAUGAGAUGAGGAAAAAAUGAAAGAUACAAGUUAUUAGCAUUAUUAAAUGUGUAAAUCAAUUUUAAGGUAAGCUAUUGCAUAAAUGAGACUACUUGUAUUAUUUUCAUAUUAAUAGUAAAAUAAUUACAAACUGAGGGUUGUAGAUAUUUGAUGGCUUAAUUGGAUAAAUCUUUUUUCUUUUCCACUACUGCUGCCUUGAGAUGCGUUCAGCGUGGUUAUUCUUAAUGGUCAUAAAUUAUCACUAACAAAUGUUUGUGUUUGGAAAUGUCAAGAAUGAUAUGCAGUUUUAGCUAACUAUACAAUUGAAAUGAAGGCUCAACUAUUGAUUUUCCCAGUUGACAAUAUAAAAAUAUGUGGCUGAAAAAUUAGGACUAGUCUUAAAACUAUGAAAGGCAGAUUAGUCAUAAUUUACUCGAAAAAAAACAACUGGUUGUUAAUAUGUGUUGAAGUUUAUUGUAUUCUUACAAUUAUUGAAAAAUAUUUGAAUUAUUCUUUAUUGUUAGGUUCUUUGUACUAGACAAUUACACUGUUCAAAUUUAUGAUAAAUUAAAAGACAAUAACUUAAAAGAUAUGUAGUGAAUUUAACAGUGUAAUGUCAAAAUAUGACAUCCAAUGAAAUGAUGUUCAAAUAUUUGUCUUUGGAUAAAAUACACAUUAUUUCUCUUUCUUAUUUAUUGAUUCACUGACAUUCUCAAGUUAUUAUUUUUUUUGUGUGGCUAAGUGUAGAAAUUGUCAAGACCCGAUGCAUGCAAAAAUGUAUUUCCUAAUUUUAGUCUCAAUGAAAGCUUAUUUUCUAAACAUUUUUAAAUUUUAUUUGUAAAUCUCAAUCUUCAACAUUUCAUUUGUAUUACUAUAAACAGAGAAAAUUCUAAUGAUAAAAGAUGGCUGCCUCCAAUUAUGAACAGGUGCAUUUCAACAUUGUGUUAAAUAUUUGUCAGAGCCAAGAGGUAAACCAUUACCACAAUUUCAUCUAUGUAAACUGUUAUAAUACGGACAUCAAGCCCUGUUAUGUCAACAACCCAUAACAAUGUACAGUAUUAUUGUCACAAAGUAUCACAUACAGCUUAACACCAGCUUCAUAUUUCAUAUUACACAAUGUUAGACUAAUGUAAAUAUUGAUAGUAUAACUAUAAAUUGAUGAUUGUUUUUAUAAGUAUUGUGUAACAUGCACUUUUAUCAAGACAGAACUGUGUAUGUUACCAAAAUUACAUAUCAUUUGUGUUGUCCACCAGUUUUAAUCUGGGCUUUGCAUUUGCUUGGCAUGUACCUGAACCAACUUAGUUCAGUCAUAUUUCCCAAACUUUGAGAGUUUAUCACUACAUUUUUACUCAGUUUUUGGUUAGUCUUCUUUGCUGUAGAUUAAUAUUUAAUUAUCACACUACAAGCAGUUUUGAUGGACAUCCUAGGGUUAGCUAUAGCAUUAUUUUUGUGUUUGGAAUUUUAAUUGCUUAAAGAAAGUAAGAAAAAGAGAGAAAUUCUCUAAUAAAAAAUUAUUUAUAUACAAAACUUCUAAUAUGACAUGUCUGAAAAGUCCUACUCAACAUUGGGCUCAUUAAAUUUUUGGCUUCACUGUCAAAUAAAUCUUUGAUAAUGUCCUGAUACUCAACUGCUUGUGCUCUCUGUAUUGAUGUGGCUAAAUGCAGCCAGGGUUUUAGGCUUAUGCCAGCCAUGCAAACAAAUUGAGUAGGAAUUUUGUUUGUUUAACUGAGAUUAAGUAUGGUUCAGGAUUACAUCUUCUAUUAAUGUCGUGUGCCCUCCACAGACAUUGUUGUAAGUACUUAUGUUACCCUAUCACUGGUGCCCUGUCCUCAUCAAAAGUUUUAUCUCUGGUUGUCAUCAAUUCUGUGUAGUUCACUAGUUAUUUUCAUGACUUUUUUUCUGCAAACACUAUUAAUAUGCUAUGAAUAGUAAGCACUCUGGCAAUGUGUAACUAAAAGCUGUAAACAUUUCAAUAUUUUUACUUUUGUAGCGUGAAAUUUUAGUUGAAUCUCAUCAUUAUUUUUUGUUACAAUUUUUCUAGUGGAUUCCAUAUUCUAUAUAUGGUAAGGAAAUGUGUUAUUUAUACCAUUAACUUAAAUGUUUGAUCUUUCAUGUUGUUCAUGCUACUGAUUGCUUUUUUAAAAAAAAAUAAGAAAAUGAUGGUUCAUGUUUUAUUGUGUCAAAUAAUGGAGCAUAUAUUUCAUAAGUUUAUCAAAAAAUUAUAUUACAAAUAGUUUAAAGAAGAAUUUAUAUCCAUCGUAAAUUCUUAAAAGUUGGUAUAUGUUUUGAAGAUACUGACGCCAAAUUAUUUUUUAUGUUUGAAGAUGUUUAAUUGUAAAAGUGCUAUUUAAAAAAAUACUAUAUAUUAUUUAUUAAAGAGGGUGAUCAUGAAUUUUCCGACUAUAAAUAUUCAUCUCCCAUUCAUCUCGGUGUUAUCAAAUUUUCUUCCGUUUCAAAUCUAAAGGAGAGAUUGACAAUUAAUAACUCACAAAUGCAGUUGGACAAAGUACAUCUUAACAAAACUUUUAAAACAUUUAUUUUUGAAAGUUAUUUUCUAAAUUCAAAUUAGCAUUUAAUUCACUAUUUAAGAAAAAAGUUGAACUUUUUAAAAAGUAGAUAAAUUAUAGGAUUGAUUUGAUUGAAGUCUAAAAAUGAUUUUAAAAUAUUCCAUAAAUUGGUAUCAUUAUUUGAAAACUUGUUUAGCUCUUCUGUGAAUUGAUAAAUGUUUGUAUUGUUUUAACAUUAUAAAAACCUUGCAUUAGAAUAACACAAUUGACUAAUUAUAUUUGCACCAAUCUUUGAAAAUGCACUAAAAGAUGAAACUAUACACCAAUUAAAUGUAACUAAGGUACAAUUAAACUGACAUUUGAUGCUUUCAUUAAUGUUCUCCAUGCUUGUAUAUUUUGAUGUGUGUUAUAGCUGUGCCACAGAAUGGCUGUGGUUUUCUCAUGGCUGUUGUGCUAGGAUGAAUUUUCCUAAAGACUGCUGUCUUCAGUAACUUUUUAUCUACUUUUUUUGUUUACAAAGUCCCUGGGCAAAGAGAAAUGUUUAAAUCAAUAUAACACAAAAUUGAAUAUUCAUAAAAAAUCUUUUCAAAUCAUUUAUAUUUUUUACAAAUUUUAUUUUUUGGUGGUGUUUAUAUAAAUAAAAAAACAACAAAAGACUGUUUCUAUUCAAUAUAUCAAAAUACUUUUUUGGGGGUUUAUUUAGACAUUUAAAUCCAGUAAACUUUGGCUAACUGUCUAAAUUACAAUAUUACCUCGACAGGAUUCUUUCCAACUGAUUCCCAUUAAUUCAUUUUAUUUAAAACAUAAUUUAUGGUUUUUUAAACUCAACAGAGGAUUGACUUAUGAAAAGAAACACAGAAACAUGUAAAUAUUAUUUCUUUAAAAAGUACUUUGAAAUUCUAUCCUUGAUUUUCUGAAAGUCCUCUUUUGUUCAAGUCCAUCUCUACCAUUGCAAGCACAACAAAAUAGAUCUGUUUCUAUUUUUACAUUUUAAAUAUUGUGAUGUUGGUCAUAAGGUUAAAGAAAUAACAAAUUUUGUAUAUUUUAACAAAGAUGUAUGUAUAUUGCUGAAACUAAUUUAUAUCUGUAAACCCAAACAUUAGAGUGCUUGUACUGGAGUACUCCUCUAAGGAAAAUGUAUUUUGUAAGCAAAUAAACUAAUUUGUAUUUAUGCAAUAAAGUUAUUGACUGUGGUCUGCUCUCUCUAUCCUCCAGGAUUGAUAUAAAUAUUAUUGACAUAACUUUAUUAAGAAGCAGUUAUUGUAGAUAUCUAUAAUGUGUGAAUUUGUUCAGUCCAUUCCUUAUUUAAGAAAAAAAAAACACAACUAAAACAUUUAUAUUGAUGAUUGUGCUAAUCAUUGUUUAUAAAUAUUGCAUCGCCAUUUGCAUCUUUCUGGGAUCAUUUUUCUUGAAGCGUUCAAAUAAAGAUGAUUUUCACACAAA